AUGUCUGAAGUAAGUGUUCGAGUCGACCCACCGUACGUCGAGUUUCACGGCGUCAACGUCGGGCAAGUUUACAGGAGGACGGUUAGAGCAACAAAUGUGGGGAAAACCUCGAAGAAAAUAGUGAUUGAAAAGCCCACAUCAAAGGUAAAGUAAACUCUAUCUAUCUAUCUAUCUAUCUAUCUAUCUAUCUAUCUAUCUAUCUAUCUAUCUAUCUAUCUAUCUAUCUAUCUAUCUAUCUAUCUAUCUAUCUAUCUAUCUAUCUAUCUAUCUAUCUAUCUAAACUGGGAUAACAGUUAUUAUCUUGUAUAAUGUAUGGCAUAUAUUUGAUGUCUUGACUCUCUUUGGCCCAGCAGUUGUUCCAGUUCACUGUUAACAGCUCAGCAGAGGUGGUCGCCCCAGGUUUGUCUGUAAGUGGUUUGCUGGAGUUCACUCCUGUCGAAGAGGAGGAGGUCAGGGACAAGCUCCUCAUAAACAUAAACAAUGCGGACACCAUUGAAAUCCCAGUGCUGGCGUAAGCAAGAUACAUUAACAUUUGACAAAUGGUUGUGAUAUGUUGGAUUAAACAUUAAAUGUUAGAGGUAUUACAUAUACACCUAACAAACCUAAAUCUGAUUGAUUUUUUUGUGCCUGCAGACUUCCAAAGGUCUGUUCCCUUCUGAUGGACUCGGUACUAGACUUUGGCUGUGUCGCUGCAAGCAGUAAGGUGAUCAGCAAACAUCAUGGUAUAACCAAUAAAGGAUCAGCACCAGGUAACUGCAGACAUAGGGACUCAACAUGUUUUAGGAUGAGCUACACCUGUAAAGGUACUGAAAUGGGAAUAUCAAGUAGAACUAGAGGUCAGUCUUCUAUAUAAACAGUAUGUCCACAGAUUUAAGAAAAAUAGUGACAACACUAAACAAUAGUGACUAACACUAAAAACAGUAAACUGAUGAUAAUUGCUAUUUUUUCUGACAAGAAAUAUUUGUUAAGUUUAUGUGUGAAGCUAUCAGAGACAAAUAUAUCGACCAUUUCAGAUCAAAAUUAAAUAUACCCUAUGAGAAUACAUAUAUGCUCAUGCAUGCGUUUGUGUAUUGAAGGUUUGUUCCAGGUUCAGUACAAUGGAGACCUUUCAGUCAGACUGUCCCCCAGCAGUGGAGUUAUAGCACCUUGUGCCACCUAUUGGCUCAGAGUGGAACUGCAAACAGACAGACCGAGGCUGAUCGAUGAGAAGGCUGUGUGAGUAAAACUUAGUAGAAAACUAGAGAAACAUUUGAUAUGAACAAAUGAUAUUGAUUUGGAACCUUUCCAAAAGAAUCAAUGAAGUCUAUCUAAUCUCGUCUCCUCCUAAUCUAAUCUAAUCUAAUCUUUAUGGAAAAUUAACUUGUCACACUUUCGAGGAGGGAUUUGGGGAAAUGAUUUUUAUAUUAGAUUAAUAGGGCAGUAGAAUUCUAACAAUGUCAGCUGAGGCUUUAGUAAAAAUUCCCAAUUUUUUAGGGUGAAACUCCAGAACCGCUCAUCUGUAGUUCUUAGAAUCAGAGCUGAGGUGGUGGACCAGCGCCUUGAGAUCUUUGACAUGCAGGUAUUCUACGGAUGUGAGCAUUGUAAGAAUGCUUUUGCCAACCGCUGUGACUGUAAUUAAUCAAUAAUUCAUGGCUUUUACGAAGGGGGCUCCACUGUCCUGUCUCUGGUUUGGACCGGCCUAUUAUGGGACAUCUCGCAUUGAGAGUGUGGUUCUUAAAAACAAUGCACCCCAGGCUUGCGACUGGGUCUGUUUACUUCAGAAGGCAGCAGCUGGGACUGAGGUGGUGAGUAAUGAUCUCAGGGCAAGUAUGUGUGGCUGCUUGUCUUCACAAACAGUCAGGCACGUUUGUGAUAAGUACAUAUAUAAUAGUCCAUCUCAUUAUAACUGGUCAGGAAGAGGUGAUAGCUGUGAGUGUGAUGACUCUAUAGGGAACAGAUUUCCAGAAGGCUACCGACGCCACCCUGCUUGAAGGAAUGAAGAGGUCCUGCAGUCCAGCUGAUCCGGAUCUCUCUCAGGUCUUAAUAUGUGUUCCGGGACAGGGUCUACUAGGUCCAUAUGGUCAAACCACUGUGACAAUAUGCUUCAGCCCCAUCUGUAAGAGGUAAACUGUCUCUCUAUGUGUCCUACUGUGUCCUAUCUGUCAUGUUGACAUUGAAAGAGUUACUGAGUCUAAAUUUCUUGGGGUUGUCAUUGAUUAAAAGUUAACAUGGAAACAAGACAUUGAAUACAUUAAAAGAUUUCAAAAUCACUUGCAAUCCUGUACAAAUCGAGAAAAGUAUUGAAUUCCAUUAUAAAAUAAUGCAAAUAAUGUUUAGACCAAAAUCAAAAAUGCUCCCUAACUCAAUACAGAGGUUCUUUUCAAUUCAGGAUGGUCCUUAAAACCUCAGAGAUGCUUGUAAAUUUACUGUACAAAAAGCUAAAAAAGGUAUGAAAAGGAGAUGUGUUUCCAUCACUGGAGUUAAAUUCUGGAAUGAUGCCAACAUAAAUCUUAAAACAACCAUUAAGAAAAUGGUUUGUAAAGCUAUUUUUGAAACUUAUAAGUGCGAUUAAUUAUCUGUUGUUGUGGUUUCUUUGCUUUUCUGGGGGUUGGUAGCCUAAAGAAGUUGACAACAUAGGAUAGGCUUUUAUAAGCAGUCUGAUUCUGCCUUUUCAGUCAAUAUUCAACACAUGAUUCUUGAUUUGGGGAUUUUGUGUGAAAUGUCCAUGUUGUGUACAAGAUUUAGUAUUGUCACGACGACUGAACGACUACUGCUACUUUGCCUUAAAUGAAGAAAAAACAAAUAUAUUACUCCCCGUCGGGGAAUCGAACCCCGGUCUCCCGCGUGACAGGCGGGGAUACUCACCACUAUACUAACGAGGAGCAGGCACGGCAUCAGGGGAUCUGGCUAGGUUUUAUUUCAAUUGCCAGUGAACAGCUGUCUCUGUUUUUCAGUACACUUAAAGAGAAGAAGCGAGAUUAUUCAGCCAGCCGACAAGACUACUGCCUUUUUCUGCUGUUUGAGUCGGUAGGAAGUAGACAUGGCUUCACACACCACAGUGGUAAGCACAGCAGACACACUCUGUAGUCAUUGCAUAACAUAUUGCAAGCCCCUGCAGUUGCCCUGAUGACUGUUUGAAGUUCAUGUAGUCUUCAGUUCAUAUAACUAUGACAGCAGCUUACUUACAGACUCAUUAGCUGAGAUUAAUCAGACUGAACUUAAUGUUUUCUUUGUGUCUUCAGCUAACAGCAGCGUGGAGCUUGCUGUGACUGGCUCUGGACUGCCCGUGUCUCUGCUACCAAGUCCUUCUAACAGGUUUAAUUUCCUGACCUGUGUGAAGGGCCGGAGUGUCGACUUGCUGUGUGUGCUACAGAACCUUUGCCCUCAACUUCCUGUAACCUUUCGUUUCCGCAAGGUUGCACAUUUCAGCGCUAAACCCUCCACUGGCACAAUAUCCCCAGGCCAAUGCCAGGUGAGAAUGGGAAUUGAAUUAGUUACUUGUUUAAAAUCCAAAAAAAGAAGUGACUUUUUUCCUUUCCAUUGUGUGCCCCUUAGGAUGUAGUGUUGUCUUUCACUGCACGGCAGCAAGGGAGCUUUCAGGUGUUACAGAAACUGGAUGUUUUAGGUCGUGUGGCAAAGGAGAGCGAGGUCCCUGAAGAUGAAACUGGCCUUGAACUUUGCAGCUUUCACACCAUCAAGCUUCACCUAUCUGCUGUCUGCUGCCUUGAGACCACAAACCCUGGGCCUCAACUGAAUCCUGGUAAACGCAGGGAGGUGAACCUCAAAUGUAACAAAUCAAAAACCCCUUGGCAUUGAGGAAGUGAUUUUCUUGUUGUUUCACAGGCAUCACUCCAACAAUAACCAACCCAACAGGAUCACGGCCUCAUGUUCAGUCCAGUGAACUGGCCUUCUGCCGGGGGAUGGCGCGCGCUGCUGUCCUCAAUGCAUACAAAACACAACUUCAUAUGCAUAGUGAGGAAAGGAGGCAGAAAGAAGGAGAAAGAGGCAAGAUGAGCGAGGAGCUUCUGGCUUUCCCCAAUGACCGAGCAGCGAGCAUCAGGCCUGCGUCUGCACAUAGACAGUACAGGUGAAGGUCAAGGAAACACACUCCUUUAACACUGUUUUAACUGUCUUAAAUGUAGAAGAAACAAAUCUGGAAAUGAAAGUGUUUUAUUUUAAAGUGUGUAUUGCUUAAAGAAAUCAUGUCUAAUUUGUUUCAAGAACCAUCUUCACUGGUGUUCGCCGCUAUUGCUAUAUGGACACCGACUACUCCUUUACUGAGGAGGAGGAGAAGCAGAGACAGCAGCAUCGACAGAUUUACAAAGACUUCAUCCAACAGUCAAGACAGACCCGUCUGAGGAGAAUAAAGGAAAAGUAUGCUUUCUUAUUCCUGACCUUGGAUGCCAAUUUCAGGAUUUUGUCCUGCAGUAAAAACUCGAGCAGUAAAUAGUUUCUUUUAUUUGAAUGUCAGGCAGCAGGAGGAAGUGGAGAACAACGUGGAUAUUGGGAUUGUUCCUGCUCAAGGUCUAGUCCCUCCUUCGCUCCACAUCUGUGACCUGCAGAGUGAAAAGAUUUUAAAGACAAAGCCCAAGUGGAGCAGAGCUUCCCAAGAAAUCAUAGGCAGCUGCCCUGGAGACAUGACAUCCAAGACUAGACAGGUCACCAGCCAGGACAGACAGAGGAUUGAAGGCUUUUAAUUAACUCCAGGGGUAACAGAUCACUUAAACAAAGCUGCCUUUUAUCCUCUUAAGGUUUCAGACGUGAUGCAUGCAGUUCCAUCUACCAGCCAGGAGGUGGCAGACUGCCGCAAGACUCUGACACCUCAGGAGCUCUACCAAGUUGAAAUAGGUGAAGGGAUUUAUCACAAGUAAUGGUUGUCCCUCUCUCAAAACAUCAAAUUAGAUUUAAUGUAAAAAAAUGUGGUAAAAACCUUUCUUGUUCCCGUUUAGGUCCACUGUUGGUGGACUUUGGCGAGGUGUGUGCUCACUCAGUGUGUGUUGAGAAGCUGGAGCUCAUCAAUCAUCUGUCAGUGUUUGUGUGGGUGCAGCUGGAGGUGGACUGCCCUGAGCUGCAGAGCUCCUUACCCCUCUCCCAUGUGCUGCCACCCCGCUCUCACUACACCUUACCCCUGGCAUUUCAGACCAGCAAGCUGGGUCCUUUCUACAGGUCAGUGAGAAAUACAUUUAAAGUACAAAAUAAUCAGUUCAAAUUUAAAACAUUGGACUUUUUUCCCCCUCCAGACCUGUCUCCUACACUGUGAACCAGACACACCCUGGUCAGAUACUAGUCCAGGCCCAGGUGGUCCCAGUGGCUCUGGAGCUGUCCACCACUCUGCUAGUGUUGCGUCCCACUCCAAAUUUGCUCGCCCAAUCAGGAUACAGGAGCUCAGUUACUCUUCGAAACAAGUAUAACCACCCUGCUGAGUUCAGAUGGAGGCCUAUAGUCACAGACAGCGGCAUCCCAUUCUCCAUCAGACCUGCUACAGGUGCCGGAGUCGCAGUCUUUACCUUUUUGAAACCUCACAUUUAAAGCACUUCAAAAAUGUAUGGACUUGACUCAACUAAUCCUCUCCAUCACUCCUCAGGCACAGUGGAGCCAUAUAGGGAGCUGGACUGUGAGGUGGUGUGGUACCCAUCCUUCUCCUCCUCUGCAGAAGGCGACUUUGACCUCUGUGUCCAUGAGGGUGAUACACAACGCCUGCACUGUGUUGCUAAGGUUAGAUUCGGUAAAGAUUUAGAGAAGAACAGCUCCGGUCAGAUCUAUGGAGGCUAAAACAGACACCGAUAAUGAAAAGUUUGACAACAUCGAAACUUGUCAACACAGUCCUGCACUUUGAUCCCCUUUUCCUGUCUGUUUACAGUUUUAAAAGUUAAAAAAAGUUAAAAGUUUUUCUGUGAGUUUACAUUUGUGGGUGAGCGGGUGCUGUGUGGGUUUUGGGCCACAUAUGCCAGACACUUAUUUAACCUCAGUUGCUGGGAACUGGUGUCUUUAUUCAGUCCUUUUUAAAAAUAUUUAUUGCAUUUCCAAGGGAAGUUCAUUCUUUAUGCCGCUCAGGUGAAAUAUUUAUGAUAAAGAAUAUGUCAGGAGCAUUAAUACCUAGAGAAAAAAAGAGUAAAGCAGAAUAAAAGCACCUCAAGGCAAAACAGAGAAAAGGAGCUUAAAUACACUGACAAAGCUCAGAAGUCUGGGACUAAAACAGAAAUUUUUCAGAAUAUGGGAUGUUUACCAAGACAUUACAUGAAUACGAAUCAGGGGCUGUGCUUGUUUGUCGCGCAGACAGGAAGCAGUAGAAAGGAUAAUGAAGUAGAUCAAUGAUUUGAAUUGUUGUGAUAGCAUCUUUGUUGUUUGGCAGACAACACUGUCACAUAAUUGAGAAUGAUGGAGGAGCUCAGUGCAUCCUCAAACUGAAUAAGAAUGCAAGUAACGUGUUCGUGUUAGAAGCAGGAGAAAAUAUCAAGAAGGGAUUAUACUCUGGAUAUGGCUUAAACAGUAUACUUACAAUGCUGCUGGUGUUGAAUAUCAUAUAUUGUAAUCGCACAGGUGGUUCCAAUUUGAAUGUCAUUAUUGGAAUUUGUUUAUGUUGUGAUCUGUGCGCACAACCCACCCUCGUCAUGUGGGGUUUAAAUAGAUGAAUUUUAUGUGAGUGUCUAUUUGUAGUAAAGGAUGUUUGUCUUACCAGUGGGUACAACCUCCGCAGCGCUCACUGUGACACUUGUUGAGGGGCUGCAUCAUCUUGUGGCGUUGCUGUCUGUCUGUCCUGUUUCUUUUUUUCCCAUCUACAGUGCUGUCGGCUUCACAUGUUAAAGUGCUAUGGUUGCGUGUAGUUGCAGCCUGCUUCUACGCAGUUGUUCGCUACUUGGUUCUAAUUCAGUACAUGAUUGGUUCAGUGAGAAGCGGACCUGGAGCAACUCCCCUUUUUAGUGGCUAUUCGUAUAGUCUACCAAAACAUGACUAUUGAAAAGGAUGUUGACCAUGUUUUAUAUUGAUCGAGGGAAAUUAAUUUUUGAUAUAUAUCGUUAUCGUUUUAUCGCCCAACCCUAUUUGUUAAGAUAUGUUUCAGUAUAGUAUGGUAUAGAAUUGUGUCAUAUUGCAUUGUUUAUAUCGUAUAUUGUUUUAUAUUGUGUCGUAUUAUAUUGAUUGUAUUGUAUCCUAUGGUGUGGUAUCUUUAGUAGUAUUUUCAUCCAUUCAUAAAUGAGUGGCUACAUUUCAGUUAUAUGAUGUCUGUUUGAAAUAGCUCAGAAAAGCCAUAAUAAAAAGUUAAUAGCAAAAAGAUUUUCCACAACUUUAACAGCGAUUCAUAAAAGAAAUGAAAUGACCGACUGAAUAGAAAGAGCCCAUUUGUUUUUACCAAAGUUCAACAAUCAUACGAGGCCAAAUCCAUCAGAGAGGCAGCUAUUGAUUCCACCUCUGACAGCAGCCCCAGUGGACCAGAACAGCAUUAAGCAGUGUUGUGUUUAAAGUUAGGCUUGUGACUCUUGUGCUUUUUUGUUUUCAAUGAAAAAUCACUCUUGCAUGCUGUUGUGUGUCGUCAUCUGUAGAUUGCUCUCUCUCACUGAGUCAUAAAAAUGCUUCAGAUACACACACUCUCUGGGAGCUGUCAAAAACGUGUUUGUAAAAUGUGGAGACGUGGAGACUAGAUUUGGAUUAGACAAGACAGGUUUGAUGAGAGUGGGUGUUGCAGAACUGUAGAACAAAAUACUUUGUAACUGGAGGAUGACACAUAACGCUGAUGCAACGUUCAGCUUUUCUACCUGUUUCUCUCUUAGGUUGGAAGUACCUGUGUCCAGCUGGCAGAGAAGCAGGUCUCAUUUAUAUCAGUGCCCCUCAACAUGUCCUCCACCAGAACUGCAGUCUUACACAACACUGGGCAGAACCAUGCCUACUACCAGGUGCACACAUAGAUGCAGAUUCUUGUUUAAGCAUCCCAAACUGUGCAACCUGAGAAAGAAAAACAUCCAUUCUGCUUUCUUUUUUGUUUGUAUGAGCCAGGUCCUGGAUGUUUACCCUCUGCCAGGCAUGAAAGUGAGUCCAUCAGAGGGCACUGUGCCAAGCGGGGGGCAGGCUACACUCAAGCUCCUCUUCAACCCUGACUCUGUUAUCAACUUUGACGCAAGAGUGGAGGUAAGAGCAAGAAAGAAGUGAAGAGAGAGAGCUUUUUUCACAUUUUUUGAUUUGUCUUUGUAUGAGAAAAGAAAGAGAAUUAAUGAACUAAAGCCCAUGUGUGUGUGUGUGUGUUACAGAUAGCUUUGAAGAGCAUGAAGUCCAUUGAGCUCAGAAUUGUUGGAUCAGUGAAACCUCCAAAUAUAGAAAUCAAUGUGGUGAGUUUGCUAAUAUUCACCAUUUUAAGUGUGGGAGUGGCGCAUCUUGGGCUGUUGAAGUACUCUAUAUUUUGACACUUCUUAGUACAACAUUGUGUCAUAACAACUCUACAAACAACAGCAGUCAAAGAGAUUGCAUUUCAAUAAAAAUAUGCUGCAGUCAGAAAUCACAGAAGCAUUUAUUUACGCUUUAAUUACAGUUCGUUGACACAGAAAUGAGCCAAAUAGACCUUUUUCACAGUACGCGGAAGUUAGCAUCUGCUCACUUCCGGUUCACGAUAUUAACACGCUCGCGACUCGUUUUUUUGAAAGGUAAUGUAAAAUUUUAUGCUUUGUGCUGUAAUACUAACUCCUGUUCUUCAUAAUAAUGUCCGGAUUUUGUACUUUACAUUUCGGGAAUUAUGUUUAAUAGGUCAUUACUUAAGAACAAUGGUUACCAUCAUCAGAAAAUUUUCAGACCUAUUAAACAUAAUUCCCGAAAAGUAAAGUACAAAAUCCGGACAGUAUUAUGAAGAACAGUAGUUAGUAAAACAGCACAAAGUACAAAAUUUUACAUUACCUUUAAAAAAAACGAGUCGCGAGCUUGUUAAUAUCGUGAAAAAUGAAUGGACGUCUAUGGGCGAUGCUAAGUGGCUCCACCACACGCUAACACCGGAAGUGAGCAGAAUGCUAACUUCCGCGUACUGUGAUAAAGGUCUUUUUUAAAGAACUGAAUCUUACCUUAUGAGAAUAAAUCUUGUUUUCUUCAGCACUUACUGUAGGAUUGAUAAUUAAUCACCCUCUGACACCAGCAAGCCAACAACAUUUUUUUUUGAAAAACCUAAAAAUAGCUCCUGAAACUGAGUGCACCAGCUCAGCAUACACCUGGAUAUGAUGCUGUGUCAGAUCAACGUACCUAUACACCAGUUAGUUCUGUUUGGGACUCGCCCAAAAGAUGAAAAGAUUGGUGUGAAAGACUUAUUGGCCUUUUAAAGGUGAUAAAAAGAGAAAAAAAAAAUAACUUGUGAGAAAAAAAGCUGGUAAAUGUUCCGUCAUGAAUCUAAUUGCACUAAUUUCUAUUAUUCUUGAAAUGUUUCUUUACAGCAGCCUUUGACUGGCGUGUUGUCAGUUGAAUAUGCUUUCAACUUUAUUGUAUUUGCAUCCACCACAAUCUAAUUAAACUCCAGGACUUGAUGAUUGCAGCCUUGUAUUUACCAAGCCUGUUGUCAAAUAAAUCAAUCCAUAUUUUGCCUCAUGCUGCAAGUGCAAUCAGUGUAAUGAACAGUUUGCUCUCGGUAUUGAUUGGACUUGUCACAAAGGACUCAUUUGUAAACAAUGAUGGAUAAAAUAAUAAGGAGAAAUUUGAUUCAGAAAACCAUUUACAUAACUCAAGACACUUAAAUAGAGGCUGUUUUUUUAAACAAGAGGGUGUAUUGAUGGUGGAAAUUCAGCAGAGUGUGGGCAAAACUGGAGUCCAUCCAAGGCUCUAUAGAAAGACAGAGUGUGGCAGUGUUUUUUAGAUAAAAGCAAAAAGAUGGAUGAUUUUUUGUUACUAUGUUUGAUGUCACCUCAUUUGUAAUUCUGCACAGGCUGUUGUUUUUAUUUACCAGAGGUUGUCCAAAGCAUCCGAGGGCCCUGUUGGAGUUGUUAAAGGUUCAGUGUAAGCAACAAAUCAGCUGCUUUUGCUCCCUUUCUUAUCAACUCAAGCUGUUCAUAAAGGUCAAGCUCUCUGUUAGAACUUGUGUUUGUCAUUUUUACAUGCAGAAUAUACCAAUCAGCUGUUUGGCGUCUACUAUAAAACUGUUAGAUAAAACCAGGACUGUGUGUAGGUGGUCUCUUGAAUUGUCUCUCCAAAAAGUACAAAGUGUAUUUCUUGAAUCCAGAAUGUGUAUGAGAGUCCUACACGAAUUCUGUUCUGCAAAACAUCACUGUGGAGAAUCUCCUGUGUCGCUGGUGAGACACAGAAAAGCAUUGAAAGGAUGAAGGACAAAAAGAGAAAAAUGCUAUUAUCCACCUACAUGACUUCCUUUCACUGUCAAACUGCACUUUGUCCAAAUUUAACAAGAUCAGCCUCAGUGUUGUGCAGCUGUUGUUUCAUCACGGGCACAUUUCAACAAAAGACUGUAGAAAGCAGAACUAACAUAAGCAAGCUGUGUACAGGUUUGGCUAUUUUUUCAUCUUAUUGUCAUCAGUUUUCCAUUGAUGACCCACAAAAUAUGUCAAAAAAUGUGGUGUGGACUGAACAGACGUUUUUUUUUUCUCUUGCAUUUAUUGUAGUUAGCAUCCAUUAUUGCUCAACUCAACUCAACUUCAUUUGUAAAACACUUUAAAACAACCACAGCUGAACAAAGUGCUGUACAUAAAUAGGCAAAUCAACGCAGAUAUAAAAAACAAUCAAAAAACAAUUAAAACCAUGGAUAAAAUAAAAGCAGAUAUUAAAAAGGAAAAUAUAGUUAAAUUAGUUUUUAAAAACAUAGAAACAAAUAACUAAAAACAAACCAUAAAACACUAAAACAGGAGCCGAGUCUCAUGCAAGGUUGAAAGCCACUGAAUAAAAAUGGGUUUUUAGACGAGUUUUAAAAAUGGACAGAGUGUAUGGUGGACCAAAAAUGACAUAAGUAAAAAUAAAUAAAUGGAUAAAUAAAAAAUUAAAUACACAAAUAAAUAAAUAAAAUUAAAUAUGAAUAAAUAUAAAAUAAAUUAAGGCAAAAAAUAAAAAAAUAACCUUUUAUUUCCCAAAAAGUAUUUUAUUUACUUAUUUAUUCCUGCAUUAAAUUUUUUAUUUAUCCAUUUAUUUAUUCAUUUAUUUAUUUUUACUUAUGUCAUUUUUGGUCCUCCAUAAGUGUGGGGGCUCGUCUGAAUUGGAGGGGUAGCCCGUUCCAUAAUUUUGGGGCCGUAACAGAAAAAAAUCUAUCCCCUCUGAGCCUCAAUUUGGACCUUGGUACCUCGGUAUUGCUGGGUGUAAUUGGUUUUGCAGUGCAAAAUGAUUGCGAAGAAGACCUACAUACUUAUUUCUCGCCUUUACAUGUGCUACCUGGAUCUGCUCCCAAACUACUGAGGUGGUGCCUCGAUGGACAAGACCCCAAGACACUUAGAUUCCUUCACUCAGGGUGUCUUGGCGUUCAUCUACAGUCUGUACAGUAUCUGUUUGCAGAGAUUAAAAUACAAGUCAGCAUUUGAGGUCUCCUUAAGUUUAGAUUCCCAGCAGCAGUUUUCUCUGUACAGUAUUUACCUGCACCCUUGAAAAGCCACGGGGGAAAAAAAGAUAGUUUGAUCACUUUCAUACUUACUUCUCCACUUCCUCAUUCAUCUCCAGCCUUUUCACAGCUACAGCAAAUAUGAUAGCUCCCUCUCAGUCCUGAAUCAGCUCACUCUCUCCACCUUAAUCCUUUUUAGACACCAUCCUGCAUCUGUGAAGAGAAAUACCUUGAUCUUUCUCUGUGCAGUCAUCGUGGUCGUUUUCAGGAGCAUUUGGUCUGUUCCGAAGAGCUGCAAAUCUGUAUUGAGUUGUACAACCUGAAUGUGUACUGAUCUGAAAUGUCACUUAUCAAGUUUACUUUAUCUUUAAUUCACUCUGGUUAUUAGUUUGAAAAAGAAAAACGUUUGAGGACAUUCAAGGACGGAACAUUCAAACCAACAACAAUGACAUGGUUUUAAAUGUUUUCAAUAUCCACAGAUGUGACAAAUCCUUGGCUUCUAUACAUUGAAAGUAAAAGACUGAAGUAAAGUGGUGGUUUAUGGAGAAAGACAGUAAAGUUUUUUUUAAUUUAAGAGUGUGUCAGUAAGUGAAUAAAGGCCUGUGUGUCUUUGGAAACUCUGUUGCUGCACUUUUGAAUAAAAUGAGGUCAAGGAUAUUCUUCUUUUGUGCGCCUGCAGUUGAUCGAAGCAUGAAAUGUUUCUGUCGUUGUCUUUGUUAUGCACUAAACAUUAGUUUCUGGGUAAACCUUCAAAUUAUUGGGAUGUUUUUAAAGUCACGGUUACUUUCCAUAUGGAUACACCGAAAAGGGGCUGGUUUUCUUCUAUUCUAACUCCUGAGAUUACUAACUCGUUUGCUUGUUUCUCCUCCCUCUGUCUUUUCAGUCCCAUUUCCAGUUUAACUGUGUCUAUACUGGUUCCCGGAGAGCGAUUCCAUUUGCUCUGAGAAACCUUUCUCCAGCUGCAGCUCAGGUCACCUUCGACUUGUCCGAACACACGGACUUCUCUGUGCAGCUGCCUGAACCCUCAGCGAGUAUGCAUGGACAUCAUUACAUGUUUGAAAAGAUCCUUCGUCUGUGCUUGAUUAUUUUUUUUUGUGAUUGUUUCCAUGUGUUUUUGUAAAGCAUUUAAGGAACCAGGUGUGAGUGCUGUGGAAGUCCAAGGCCACCAGACAUUAGACUGUUCCCUAGUGUUCUCUCCCACUCAGGUGAGAUUCUGACCUCCAUAAGCACUGAUUCACACAAGAGAAGUAAUCCGGUUAGUAAUAUUACUAAUACUGGUGCUGAAAUGUCUUUUUACACACCAGUCUGUCAUCCUGCAGUCUCUCAUUAAUAUCCAGUUUCCUUGUUUCCAACCUUCCUGCAAACUUGCACACUUAAACUGUCAAAGCAAAUUCCCCAAAUACAGAGGACAGUACAGGUGGUGGGUUUGACCUUGUGUCUCUAGCAUCUGAUAAUCAAACAGUAGCAGGUGGUAGAGUUGCUGCAGUAAACUUUAAUUUUAUCUACGUACAGCUCAUGAGUACUGACAGAGAGAUUCUUGUUUAUCAGUUCAAAGUGAUGUGUAAAGUCAAGGGCAUGUCUCCCUGCAGGCGGCCACUUAUGACUUCGACCUGCCCCUGAAGGUCAACGGUGUCAGCUGGCCUCCUCUCCCGACUCCACCCUCCUCCCCCUCCUCCUCAUCCAUCUCCACUCCCUCCUUGCUGACAGCUGGUGGCAGGCACCGUGCCGUCAAACCUGGUGUUCAGUUUGUCACCAUAGCAACACAACUGCCACCGCACAUACAGGCCACAGGUUGGAUAAUUGAGUAGAAGCUGGAGUUAUGUUUGUGGUUAAUGUGUUUUUAUACACUUUCUCCCCUCAUCUCUGUUUGUUUUGCAACCUAACAUAAAGUUUCUAAAUGUGCGUUUUUAGCGCCGUGUGCACCCCUGGAAAUGUCCCCAUGUGGCCUACAGUUCCAUGUGGAACUCUUGGCACCGGAAUCCGAUGUUGUCACUAAGGUAUCAAUAUCUGCAUAACCUUUUUCUUCCCUCCAUAUUUCUGCUUUUUCAUCUCUUAAUACUUAUAAACUUAGUAACUCAAUCCUCUCCCUCUCUUUUCAUCUGGAAAUCCUUGUUCCUGCUGUUUCUGCAUAAGUCCCAUUCUGUCUGUAACUCCUCUCUCCCUCUGCAGACAGUGGAGUUGACAGCAGUGUGCAAAGACAGCGUGUUUUGGCGUGGAGGUGUCAGAGAGUAUGUCAGCUGGCGGUUUGACUGCACUUCAACCGCAGCACAGACAAAGACCGCGAGAGAGGGGGAGCGACGUAUAUGUACGAUCUUCCCAACUUCUGGCCAUCUGGGGCCUGGACAGUCCAUCUGCUUGGCGGUGAGCGUCAGACCUGAGGCCUUCAGAACAGGUGAGAAGUCAUUUAACACACACACAGAUUCACUGCUGUCCCUCAUCUGACACAUCCAAACAUCUGAUAUCGUUGUGAAUAUGUUGUUUUAUUUCACAUUGGCUUCCUCAAAGAGAAAGUAAAACAGAAAUUAAAUCUGAAUUGAUGUCGUAAUCUGAUCCAUUGGGUUUUUAUAAUCUUUUGUUAUGGACCAUAAACACAUAAUCAUCCUUUAUCUUGGCACCCUGCCCCAUGAGGGAAAUACUGAAGCUCUUGACUUGGAGCCACCAGAAACACGCCAGUGGUUCUUUUUUAUUUUAGCCCACUAAGCUGAGUGAAAAUGCUUUAUUGUAGCCCUUUUACAUGUGUACUGUGAACUGUGGCUCAAUGGAAAAUUGACUAAAAUCAGAUUGCAGUGGCUGAAAGUACCAAGAUUAUUUGCACCUAAAUCCUUAGUUGAAUGGAUCACGCCAUGAUCCAUGCCGUGAUUAGGCGGCAGUAGCUCAGGAGGUAGAGCGGUCGUCCAAUAACCGGAAGGUUGGCGGUUCGAUUCCCCCCAAUCCCAAGUCUGUCUGUUGUCUCCUCGGGCAAGACACUUAACCCACCUUGCUCCCAGUGUGUGUCCCAGGGCAGCUGUGACUACUGAGGUAGUUUACCACCACUAAAGUGUGACUGUGUGAGCGAAUGAGUGAUGUGUCCAAUGUAAAGCGCUUUGAGGGUCUCUGAUAAAGCACUAUAUGAAAUCUGAUGCAUUAUUAUUAUGAUCCUUUCAACUAAGGAUUUGGGUGAUUUUACCAGAGACGGACAGCAUUUUCAUGAAACGAUUUAAGCCAAAAUCUGAUUUUCAUCACAAAAUGACAAACGCCGUUAUUUUAAUUGGGUGACACAAUGACUUAAGACCUCAGUGUGGCCUGUAAUCCACUGCUGUGUUAUCCUCUAGAAGUAAUGCAAAGAUUUUCUUCUGCAUUAAACAUAACACACCUGCUCACUGUCAUUAUCAUUACAGUUUUCCAUGAGUGUGUGACAAUCAUCCACGAUCACGUUUGCUACUGUGGAAGCUCACCGCCUUCUGCCAGUGCAGACUUUCCAAAGUGAUUAAAGCAGCUCAAAUAUAAUACCAGGAACAGAUGUUGUUCUCUUUAGUUAGGUUUCCCUUUGUUUGCGGCAUUAUGUUUUUCCAUGCGAAGCAGUGUAUGAUUUUAUUUGAAGUGGAAAUGAUCUAGAAAGUUACCAUCUGCAGACAAAUACAACUAUUGUUCCAUAAAUUCAAUAAAAGUACGUCGAGAAUGCUGUUUUAAUCGCUCAUAUAUUUUCCCCGUUUGUCAUAUUUGAUUGCCUUUUGUGCCAAUUUCUGAUGACAACCUGGAGACGAAAUAGUCCCUCAGUUUGCCUUUAUGAAGAGCCAUAACUGAACAAUAGGAUUUGAUUGAAACAGCAUGGUAACAUAACGACUUAGUGCAUGUUAUCCUGCAUUAAAAUAGAAGAAAAGGUGUUUGUAUGUAUGAUUUUAAAAGAGAGACACAUCAGAAAAAAGCUGGUAGCGCUGCACAGACCUUGGCAAGUUUGAAGCAGAUGGAAGAGUUUUAAUUGUGGAACAAAAGCGUCCAGUUCGAUGUGCACAAAAGCAAAUAGUUUUUGUGAUUACUUUGCAACAGUCUGCUGCUCAUUGCAGAAGGUUUUAUGCAGCGAUUUGUUACACGUUAAUGUUGCUCUCACACCAUUUUAAGACUGCAGAUGGAAGGACACAUGGUACCUUUAAAAGGACUGUGGUGAGAGACAGCAUAGUGGAGCAACAACCCCUCAGUAAGGCUUGUAGUUUAUUCCAGAGCCGGUAAGAAUCACUCAUUACUCUUUGUACUGUCAGGUUGGAAUGAAUAUCAUAAUUGAAAUGCAACCUCUUCUCUCCCGUGUGAUUACAUGUCAGUAGGAUAAAAAUGUGGAAUAAAAAGGAAAAGACCCGAAUCAAAUAGAAAUAAAUGAACAACGCUGGAGGCUGGUAUGGAAAGGUGUCAUGUCAGCUGAUUGAAGACCCGGUGAUUGCACCACCAAAGCUUGAUUCGUACCAUUUUUCCUUCCAGGAAACACGACCAAACUGUCGCUCCCUCUUCACCUGGAGCACAAGGGAAAUGAGGAGAAUGGAGGACAGCGAGAAAAUCGACCCUACAGAGAGCUGUCCAUCAUUGUUAUUCACCAGCUUCCUUGCAUCACCACCCACCCUCCUCAAAUUUUCCUCACACCUGUACCCCUGGAAACCGAUUUAAGUGCUUCAGUCAGCCUAUUGGCAUCAGGAUAUCCAAGGUUGAUGCUUUACACACAACUGCACAGUUGUUGUCAUCUGUGUUUCACUUAAGCGGAGCAUUAACAGUGAUGGAUUUUUAUUGUAUUUACUUUAUUUUCCAGCCUGAGGCAAUUUAGCAGCUGUGUUGAGCCGUUGGAGCUGAAUGAAAGCAAAGUAAACACAGGAACAUAAACUGAUUUAUUCAUUUCAGUGGGAUUUCUAUCAAUCAAACCAGGACUCAUUUACUGGCACUCAUGUUCGAUUUUACUUACAUUGUAAGCCAAAAAGCUAAUCCUUGCUCCUUUGUGGAUUUCAUUGUUAGUCAGAUAUUCACAGUAGACAGAAAUCUGGCUGCACUGUUUACAGUUCUGGCAGCGUUUUCUGACCCAUAUCCCUGUGACUGAACUGAAUACAGUCCUGAAGAGCGUGUAUGUAGGCCAAUCUUUAUGCCGUAAUAUCAUGUAAAAAUAAAAAAUAGCUCAAAACAUAACAUACAUGAAAAUGUGCUCUGCUCCCAGGCAACAUUUCAGGAGCUUAUCUAUAAUGUAGCAUCGGAGAGCAAAGGUUUGACUAAAAAUCUCAGCUCGGAGAAUCAAACAGUGUAAGGAUGCCAAGCCCAUGUUCACACUAUAUAAACUAGAAAAGCACUCGGAGAGCGCAGACCUCCGCCAAGCAGCUCAUGUCCCCCCUUAUAUUGUGAUUCACACCAAAACUUUUACUGUUACGUGUCUUUUAUUAACUUUUAUUUGUGUUUAAACUGGUAUGUUCACUGUUCAUAAUGUUCCUAAAACAAGAAAUGCCCUGACCCAGAUUCAAACCCAGGACCUUCUGGUUGUGAGGUGACAGUGCUAACCACUACACCACUGUGCUGCCUAUCUACACCACUGUGCCGCCCAUUAAUAAUAAUACAUUUUAUUUAUAAAGCGCUUUUCAAAAACACAAAGACGCUGGAUUGGUUAUCUUUCAGCAUUGAAAAUUCCAACAACACCCUUAUUUUUGUGUGUUCUGGAUCACAGUAUCUAGAAUUUUGUCUGGAUCAGGAUCAACCUUUGACACCUCAUAAAACUCAUUGAGAUCCUUUUGUGUCAUUUUUUACUAAAGACUCUGGACAUUUUUAUAGAGAUAAAUGCAAAAAUUCCAAAAUGUGCCCUAUCUCACAAUGAUAAAGAAUCCUUCAAAAAAUUCCUGGAUCUAGAAGGCGAUCCGGAUCACCACCAAAAUUUAAUGGGAUCCUCCUGGGGCUGAGACGCACCUCUGGUGAAAAUUUCAGGUCAAUCCGUCUGUAACUUUCUCCAUAAAGUUGGUAACAGACAAACAAACAAACAAAACAACAAACUAGAAAGGCACUCGGAGAGCGCAGACCUCCGCCAAGCAGCUCAUGUCCCCCCUGAAACAAGAAAUGCCCUGACUGAGAUUCAAACCCAGGACCUUCUGGUUGUGAGGCAACAGUGCUAACCACUACACCACUGUGUCACCUAUCUACACCACUGUGCCGCCCAUUGGUUAUCUUUCAGCAUUGAAAAUUCCAACGACACCCUUAUUUUUGUGUGUUCUGGAUCACAGUAUCCAGAAUCUUGUCCGGAUCACCACCAAAAUGUCAUGGGAUCCUCCUGGGGCUGAGACGCACCUCUGGUGAAAAUUUCAGGUCAAUCCGUCUGUAACUUCCUCCGUAAAGUUGCUAACAGACAAACAAACAAACAAACCAACACUACCGAAAACAUUGACCUCCUUGGCGGAGGUAACAAGUUUUAUCUUGAGGAAUUACAGUUACACAUGUCAAGCCUAAUUAAUCUAUUUAUAUUAAAAGUAUUCAACGUGUUCUUUUACACAUCUCCUGUAAAUGUGUGUUGCAGUGGAACUACUGUGUCGGCUGAAGUGGAUGAGAUCAAAAUGGAGGAUGGAACAACGAUUCAGCCUGUUUCUGUCGUCUUUCCGGACGGCAACAAUAUCCCUGCUCAAAACCAGGAUCAGGUACGACUUACUCCAGUGUUGUUAAAUAUCCAAAAUUUUUCUGCUAAAUUCAACAUGAUUUGUAUGAAUUUCACUCUUGUUUGUUUCCUUAUCUAGCGUCUCUGCGGUGAUGUUCCCUGUAGACAUAUUAAUCCAAGCUUACAAUGAGCCUCAAAGCAGCUGCAUCUACAAUAGCUGUUUUAUCUGUAAUUUCCUCCACACUCCCAUAAUCCCUCAGGGUUUGGUUCUGCGGUUUACUGUUCAUUCUCACACUUCACAGAUAACAUCAUUUCUUCAUCAGUUUUACUCACAACACAAGGCUGAUUUCUCCCUGCUUAUUUUUGACAAUCCGCCCAAAUCUGUCACCGGCUUUGUCUGGUGUAUUAAUAAGAGAAGUUGAGCCGAUUGUCCCACUUGUCACUUUAGCAGAAGAGCUGUCACUACCUGUGUAAUUAUCUGGUUGUUCUGCUACUUUAUCUGCAAACACAGGGACAUGUGGGUGGAAUCCAGGACCAGAAGCCCUGUGAGACCUCUCUUACCUUCUGUGUGUCGUUCAGCUCUGCCGUCCCUCUGUCCAUCUGCACAACGAUCACCUUUACCGACCACCUCCAGAACAGGUAGCUCAUAUCUGCUAUAUCUGUUUGUUCUGAACCUUUGUCUCCUCGGCUCGCUUGCUUUCUUCAUCCUCGUUUUAAGGCAAUGGCAUUUUUUUUUUUUUUUGAUCAAGGUGUUUUUAUUUAGUUUUACUAGUUAAAGUUUGCAGUUUAAUAUAAAUAUAAAUAUAAAAAAUAUAAAUAUAAUAUAAAAUACAUAGUUCAAAAUACAGAGUUCACAUAGCCAGAUCAAGAAGAGAAAUAGAAUUAUAAAUAAAAUGAAAUAAUUAAAAAAAAAUGAUAAUAAUAAUAGCAAAAAAAUAAAUAAAUAAAUAAUGACAGAGGACAACAGUAGAGGUUCACAGCACUAUACUGUCUGCCUCCAUAUCUUCAACAAACAUUAAGAAAGUCUGCCAAAUGUUCUAAAAUUUCCUAGUAGACCCCCUGACUGUGUAUCUGAUCUUCUCCAACUUGAUAUGGUACAUGAUAUCCCUAAUCCAAUGACUGUAUGUUGGAGGUACUGGGUCUUUCCAUUUCAAUAAUAUCAGUCUCCGAGCUCGUAGAGAGCAGAAAGCCACCAUUCCUCUUUCCCUCAUGUCAAGACAGGAGUCUAUCUGGGUUAGACGCCGCAAGCCUUUUUGCAAAUAUCUUAGAAAAGGUCUCAAAGAUGGACCACCAGAAAGUGUAAAGCUUUGGACAUGUCCAGAACAUGUGGAAGAGAGUUGCUGGAUCUCGCCCGCAUCUAUCACAAGCGGGGUCCAUAUCAGUUUAGAUCUUAGAGAGCCGUACUUUCGACCAGUGCAGACGGUGUACGAUUUUAAACUGAAUGACAGCAUGCCUAAGACAAAUAGAAGAUGAAAAAAUUCCCUGUAUUAUUUUGUGCUAAGUAUCAUCUGUGAUUCGCUCAUUUAAAUCUGUCUCCCAUUUAUUUUUGAGGAGGUCCAAAGGCAUCAAGUUAUGGGAAUACAGUAUUUCAUAUAUUGUGCUAAUAGUUCGUUUGUUUUCUGACAAGUUUACAAUCAAAAAUUGAGUCCAACAGACCAGUUGGAGGACGUAAGGCGAUGGCAUUUUUAACGGUUACUGUCGUGUCUCAUGUUCUCCUGUUGAAGCAUCAAACAGCAUUGGUUAUAACAUUUUCAACAGCCUUACCUCUCACAUUUUCACCAUAAUCCUUCCCGCCUUUUAAAAGUUGAUUCUAACUCGUAAUAUUGGAUCUGUGUUCCCCCUUUGUGUCUCUUUAUAGUUUCAAAGUCAAGCUGUGUGCCACCGCCGAUGCUAGUCAGUUGACGGUCUGGCCCUCCUUGGCCUUACGCCGCUCUGAUCAGAAGAUAGUUCUCAAGACUGGUACUCUACAACACACAAACAUGACACACUUCACAUUUAUACCGCUUAUAUCACUGAUGGAUGAGGCUCCUAUCCCCAUGAACACUUGUUACCGUGUGGCCGUAUGGAGUAAUUUCACAGUGAUAUAUGAAACCUCGUGGGUUUUAAAAUAAACAGCCAACAUCUGUGACUCUUUAUUCAUCUUUUUUCCUUGGAUCUGAUUGGUUUAUGCGACUUUUAGAGGCCACAGCUGUCAAGGCCAUCCUUCAGCGUUACCACACACCGAGGCCUGCUCUCGGUCCUGAUUCAUCCUCGUCCUCGGUGUUCGAUCAGAGCAGCUCCACAAACAAGUCUUCAGAUUUAGGUCAGAAAAGUGAAUUCACAGUUAAUUCUGAGUGUCUGUUUGUGUGAUUUGUUUAAACCCACUCGUUUCAUUAGUAUUCUGUUUUGUCUGGACUCUUACUGUGUAUCGAUCUGUUCUCCCCAGACUCCUAUCAAGGCGGUGACAGUGUGAGCAGCCAGGGCAGCAGGGAUACUUACAUCUCACCUGAUAGAGUCACCUUAACCAAUCUUGGGAUCCUCGGAUUCCCCGCUGCCAGCUCAGAGGAAGGACUUUUUUACCAGAAUGUGCUACUGGCUGUGGAGAGGUGGUUUAGCCUCUUUGGUUGGCCGAGUGGGCCGCACCCUCUCUCUGUGCCACGCACGCUCAGAAAGUAAACCCAAGAGAUUUCUCUGCCACCGCUCUCAGAAGAUUCACGACAGUUUUGACCUUAAAGGACUUAAAUAUGAACUCUUUUUUUCUUCUCUAUUCCAGAGUCGUGACAACAAUUCAGACAAAACCCUCCAACGGACGGGCCUUUCAAGUCAGUCACAGCAAAGACUCAAGGUGUGUAUGGCUCUACCUGCUGAAUACUGUGUUUUAUGGAGAACUCAAGGGUAAACAGUCUGCCAUGUGCAAAAAAUGUCUGUCUGUGUUUCAAAUGUCGAUGGGCAGCCUUUUCAGGUUUGUAUGGAUUAUUAAUUCUUAGAAAACUCAAAUAGGUCAAGGGGAAUAAUCGAUUAUACUUGAACUGACGCUCUGGUGGGAUUUAAUUUCCUCUCAGUGGGGGCAUUGAUCCGUCCCCGCUUGCAGGGGACAUAACUUUAUUGUGUUGUUGCAUCUAGGUCUGUAGUGGACAUGCUUCAUCACCUGACGGGCAAACGGAUGCCGGGGAUCCCAAUCUGCCAGACCUUUAGCGAUGAUGUGGACACACGCACCGCCCAGCUGCUACAACAGCAUGAAGCCAUGCUCGCUUUCCUUAAGUAGGCCUGACAUUCUCAACUCAACCACAACUGAACAAAGUGCUGGACAUAACUAGACAAAACAACAACGUAAAAAACAAUCAAAAAACAAUUAAAACAAUGGAUAAAAUAAAAGAAUUAAAAAGUAAAAUAUAGUUUCAAUGUUUUUAAAAACUAAUUUAAAAACAAUAGAAACAAAUAACUAAAAACAAACCAUAAAACACUAAAACAGGAGCCGAGUCUCAUGCAGGAUUAAAAGCCAAUGAAUAAAAAUGGGUUUUAAGACGAGUUUUAAAAAUGGACAGUGUGGAGGCUCGUCUAAUUUGGAGGGGUAGAUCGUUCCAUAAUUUUGGGGCUGCAAUAGAAAAAGAUCUAUCCCCUCUGAGCUUCAAUUUGGACCUCGGUACCUAAGGCACUGAGUAGGGGUGAAGGGGUGGAGAAGCUCAGAGAGGUAAGAUGGAGUCAGACCAUUUAAAGAUUUAAAAACAAAUAAAAGAAUCUUAAAAUGAACUCUAAAAUGCACAGGUGACCAGUGGAGGGAGGCCAGGAUGGGAGUAAUGUGCUCCCUCUUACGUACUCCAGUUAAGAGCCGGGCGGCUGCGUUUUGUACUAACUGGAGACGUGAGAGGGAGGACUGGCUGACUCCAAAAUAAAGUGCGUUACAGUAAUCAAGCCAAGAUGUAACAAAGGCGUGGAUUACUGUUUCAAAGUGCUUACGUGGAAGGAAAGGCUUUGCCUUCGCCAGCUGCCUAAUAUGGUAAAAGCUAGAUUUCUCUCCGGAGCUAAUUUGCCUGUCGAAUUUAAAAUCACUGUCCAUCUUAAAACUCAAAUUUGAGACGGUUGGCUUUAAAUAGUCUGUUAAAAUACCCAAGUCUACAGGAGGGGAUUCACAAGGGCCACCGGGACCAAAGACCAUCACUUCUGUUUUUCUCUCAUUGAAAUGUAAAAAAGACAUGCCAGAAGUGGAGUGAGGGAGAAAACAAUUUUCUUAUUAAGUGGCACAUAUAUAUGACUGUCAUCGGCAUAACAAUGAAAAGAAAUGCCAUGCUUUCUUAAGAUGGAUCCCAGGAGCAGCAAAUACAAAGAAAAGAACAGGGGCCCUAAAAUCGACCCUUGUGGAACCCCAUUCGGUGUGAAUCCUCAGACGAUCCCAUACACCAAUGCCAAAACGAACCCUAAAACCCCCCAAAUUCUGCAUUUGUGUUUAUUUAAAUCACAUUUCUCAUCCUUCUGAAGUUCAACCUUUUUCCUUGUUGACUGAGACUCUUUCUUCAGGGUGCAAGGUGCCUCCCUUUGUCACAUCAGACCCGAGUACUUGCUUGAUUUGCAGGAGUUCAAACACUGGCGCUCCCUGCAGGUAAACACUCACGCACCCACACAGUCGUGGAACCACGUGUAGUGCAUCUAUAAUUUUGAGUAGCUUUUUUAUGUUUUCAUGCACUCUCUUUAUAUUUAUGGUGUCUUAUGCCACUUGCACGCAUUUGUGUGUUCCUCUCAGGUGAAUAAGGAUGAAAACAGUCUGGACUACAGCAGCAUCAACUAUGAGUCUCUAAGUAAAUGGUCUUGGAUGGACGUGCUGCUCCAAAUUUAUAAGGUAUACACAGCCUGUUAUACACCGUACAUUUAUAACUCAGCGCCACAGUGUGCAGGUAAUAAAAUGGAAGUGGAAUCCUUCGUCCGUCAAUCCUUGAAACAUUUUCUACUCAAGCUGUCUCUCUUUUUUUUUGUUUUGCUCUCCCUUCAGGCAGCAAUCUAUAAAUAAUGAAUUAUUAUCGACGGUCAAGUGAAGGUUAGAUCAAAGGUUGAAUAAAAACUCUUUGACCUGACAGAUCUUGACAUCUUAAUGGAAGCCGGAGAACAUUUCCGCGCUCAGAAACAGCUUGUAAACGUGUCUCUGCGAAUAUAAAGUGGAGUCAAGCUGAGAAACACCAAUCUGAUCUUGUCGAGUAUUUGUUCUUUCUCCGCGUACGCUCAGGUGUUGGUGUUAAGUCGUGUGUCACAGAGAGGUCUUAACGCAACUCCGAAGCUGGAGGACCUGGCUGAGAUUCUUCAAGUUCCGAGCUCAGAGCCUCUGGCCAGUAACGUUUAUUCAUCUCAGGAGCUGCAGCUGCUCUCUUGGCUCAACACACACUACCUGGGUAUGAGGGAGGCAGUGUGGGGAACAGGUACGCAGAACUACAUGUACACAAACACGCAACAAAAGUAAUGAUGAUAAAAACAAAAAUAUAGAGAGCUUGUGUGUUGUACGUACAGUAUUUUCUCCUGUGUAUGAUACUGUGAUUUUCUACUCUUAUGUACAUUGUGAGAAAGCUUCAGUAAAGACACCUUGAUAAAUAAAGACACCAGGUAACGGCUCGUCACAGUUAGGUGACAACAGGUCCCACUACUAGUGGUGCAACGGAUCAUCAUUGAUCCGUGAUCCGUUCGGAUCGACGUGUUCGGUUCGGCACACAUGUGAUCCGCGGAUCGAUUUCUGAAAGCGGAGAAAGGAGGAGCUCGAACGCCCCGCGACACUUAAAUCCCCUGUAUGGGAGCAUUUUGGCUUCCCUGUCAAUUAUGAUGAAGAAGGAAAGAGGUCAGUGUACAAAACUGCGACGGAGUGUAGGCACUGUGGCAUAAGAAAGCCAUAUGACAGUGGAAACACAUCGAGCAUGUUCACGCAUUUGAAGCGACAUCAGCCGGGUGUUUUACUGACAGGUGUUGUGCCGUAGAUUGCACCCCUGCCGUAGAACGCACCCCCUGCAUCCCCUCCACCCGUUAGCUUCUUAAAGUGGAGAUAAUGAUCUCAUAUUUGAUAUGAAUAGCCUGAAUGAAAUUAUUAAAGGCAAACGCUGUUGAAUACAUCCAACGUAAGGAAAACUUGUAUUAUUUCGCCUUGUUAUGUACUUUCAACCGCGCUCCCGUUAGGGGGUGCACUAUACGGCAGGGGUGCAUUCUUUGGCAUAACACCUGAGAUAAAACGAAAGCUGCCCAACAACCGCUCAUCACCGCAGCAUUUAAGCAGCCUCUUCCUGCGCAAUCCGACCAGGCUAAAGCUUUCACAAACUCUAUCGGUGUGUUUAUAGCUGCAGACAUGAGGCCGUAUUCAGUUGUGCAAAACGAGUGCUUUAAAAACAUGCUGAAAGUGCUUGAGCCACGUUACGACAUCCCAUCGCGCACACACUUCAUUUUUGGUUCAUUGUUACAUUUUAAAGGAAGGAGAUAUGCCUGUAUAUUGUACUUUAAGUUGUUUUUCAUUAAUAAUUAUGUUAAAAAGAAGAUAUUAUGCCCUGUGCACUACUUUUAUAUAUUUUAUUUGUCUUGUUUUUUUUUCUUUUUGCUGAUCCGAAAAAUGAUCCGAUCCGUGACUCUUGAUCCGAGGAACGAUCCGAUCCGUGAGUUUUGUGAUCCGUUGCACCACUACCCACUACAUACAGUGCAUCCGGAAAGUAUUCAUACCACAUUUUGUUAUGUUACAGCCUUAUUCCAAAAUGGAUUAAAUUCCUUUUUUCCCUCAAAAAUUCUACACAAAAUACCCCAUAAUGUCACAGCGAAAAACUUGUUUUAGAACCUUUUGCAAAUUUAUUAAAAAUAAGAACACUCAAAUGUUGCAUAUACAUAAGUAUUCACACCCUUUGCUAUAAAACUCAAAAUUGAGUUAAGGUGCAUCCUGUUUCCACUGAUCAGCCUUGAUUUAUGGUAGAGUGGCCAGACAGAAGCCACUCCUCAGUAAAAAGCACAUGACAGCCCACUUGGACUUUGCUAGACGGCACCUGAAGGACUCACAGACCAGGAGAAACAAAAUGCUCUGGUCUGAUGAAAUGAAGAUCAAACUCUUUGGCCUGAAUGCCAAGCGUCAUGUCUGGAGGAAACCAGGCACCGCUCACCACCUCCCCAAUACCAUCCCUACAGUGAAGCAUGGUGGUGGCAGCAUCGAAAUCCUUGAUGAAAACCUGCUCCAGAAAUUGCUCCAGACUUGAACCCGAUUGAACAUCUUUGGAAAGACCUGAAAGUAGCUGUGCACUGAUGCUGCCCAUCCAACCUCACUGAGCUUGAGAGGAUGUGCAAGGAAGAAUGGGAAAAACUCCCCAAAUCCAGGUGUGCCGAGCUUGUUGCAUCAUACACAAGAAGACUGGAGGCUGUAAUCGCUGCCAAAGGGGCUUCGACCAAGUAUUGAGUAAAAGGUGUGAAUACUUAUAUAUAUAUGCAACAUUUGAGUGUCUUAUUUUUAAUAAAUUUGCAAAAUGUUCUAAAAAAAGUUUUUGGCUUUGUCAUUAUGGGGUAUUUUGUGUAGAAUUUUUGAGGGAAAAAGGGAAAUUAAUCCAUUUUGGAAUAAGGCUGUAACAUAACAAAACAAGGAGAAAGUGAGUACUUUGCACUGUAUGCCAUUAAUGAAGGCAGCCGUGUGUUGAACUUCAUUAAAGAACAUACUGAAACUUUGCUGCACCCAUUCAAACGAUGAUAAUUUGAAUUGAGGCCCCCUGUUCUAACUCUUUCAAUAAUUCAAGAUCAUCAGCUUCAUACUGUAGUCUUACACCAGAUCCAUCUGUAGUACUCAAUCCCUUAACAGAGCAGUUACCAGACAAAAACAUACUUCAAACCCCCAAAAGCAAUAGUUUUAGUAUCCCUAUCGCUACUUUUUUACUCAAUUAUUCAUCCAUUUCUGAGUCUUUUCCCUUCUCGUUUUGAAUUAUUAAUCAAUUCUGGUGAGUAAUACAAUUACGCCUUUACAGCUUCUGCUUAUUCUCCUGAGCGUCAGCUGAACUGUUGCAGCUUUCCAACCUCUCUUUGGACUCUUGUUUCAUUUUUAAGUGCUUAUAUUUGUCAAGUUUUAUUUUACAUUUUUUGCAUAUCCUACAAUUUGGAUUUGUUUCAACUUUGUAAAGGCAUUUCCUCACCACUUGGAGCAUGAUUUAAUGUUUGAUUGAGGCCUUCAUAUGAAUUAGCGAUCUGCAGGUAAUUUCUGCCUGGUAAUGGUUUGCAGGUAAUGUCCCAUCAGCACGCUGGAUCCUGAAUUUCGACCUGGACUUGACAGAUGGGCUGGUGCUGGCUGCUCUGCUUGCCGCUUACUGCCCGUUCCUGGUCAGUGUGUGUGCAUUUAUCUCUAAGUGUGUGUGUGUGUGUGUGCUAAUUGUGUGUGGACCCUCUCUAGUGUGUGUAUGAGAGUCAAUGAGGGAUGGUGGCUAAUGCCUGCAAGUGGCACUCUGAUUGAUGUGAUGAGGACGCAAUUAGUCCUGAACUAGAUUAGGAGAGCCUCUUAUCAUUCUAAGCAGUGUUUUGUGUGAGUGAGUGUGUGUGUGAAUGUGUGUGUCAGGGAGAGAGUGCAAUCUGCUCUGCGUUUAAGUAAAUGUGUUUUUCCUGUAAGACUCUGAUAGUUAAAACUCAGAAACAUCUGUCAAAACCUCCACUUUGAACUUUUUGAAAGCUCAAGAUUAGGUGGAAAUUUUUGAUUUAUGAGCGAUCAACCAAACGCCAGAUAAAGUGGAGAGAUCAUCCAAAUGAAACAUGUGGAGGUUGCGAUAAAUCUUGUCAUUAAAUUCCACUUUUCCACUGUGUCUCUAUAAUCAGAUCUACAGCCACUUCAGAAGGAUGUACACCUCGACUCGCAGCCUGGAGCAGAUCCUCCACAACAACAUCAUUGUGGUCAAGGCCUUAACUGCACUCGGUCUCAACAUGGAUGUACAGGUAAAUAUCAGGCAGGACUCCAUCUAUGGAUUCAUCUAUUAUCUGCCGCUGUACCCACAGUGCAUCAUAGCCACCAAUCAGGAUCCUCUUGCAAAUACGCACAGAAAUCAAGAUGAAUAGAUUGGCCGAUGGAAAGGACAGUUUUUGAACCAUAUAUCAUAUACUUACAGUAUGUGCAGGUGUGAAGCAACCACUGCCCUGUCCCUGGAGCAGAAUCACUUCCACAAACCCAGUGUCUCCUUUCUGGCAUUCUGCUUUCGUGUUUUAUGUGCCCGUCUUCAGUUUGAUUAGAAUAUUAGUAUUUGUAUUGCAAACAGAUUCAUGAUCAAAUUAUAUGAUUGUGUUGAAUUUACUGAAGUUAUUUACAUUUUCACUAGUUCUGAAUAUUUCUCUUGAACCUUCACCUCCAGUUUGACCCGACACCGGCUAACAGCUCAUUAGCUUCACCAUUAAAUUGAUGUUAUUCCAGUCAGUAAUUACACUCAUUUCAAAAGAGGAGACGGCAGCAAAGCGAUCUAAAGGCAUUUAAACUUCAGAGUGAUUAGAUAUUAUUGCACGUUAUUUCUCAGCUCUUGACAGACAUGAUGGAGAGAAAAUUGGCUCUGUCAUGAGGUUAAAUCUUCUGGGGUCUGAGAGUCUCUCUUCGGUGUAAUUACGAAUGUUAAAUGCAUCUCUGUCAUUCUUUCAAAGGUUGUUUUUGACUGUGUGCGCGAUCUUUAGCCCACAGACUUGUCAGACCCCAACCCUGUGCAGAUGCUAAUGCUGUGUGUUCAUCUGUAUGAGAGGCUGCCUCAGUGCCUGCCUCAAGACACCAUCACUCUCUCAGGAAGCCUGCACAGCACAUUCAGCAAACAGGUAACACACACACACACACACACACACACACACACACACACACACACAAACACAAACACAAACACACACACACACAAACAAAGUAUCAACUUUGCUCUUAAAAGGCACCUAAAUAAGAAUUAAACUACCUGCCUAGUAAAUGAAAUUCAUGAGCACAGUGGGAGUGAAAUGGCUCGGGUAAUAGCCUCCUGGACAGACAAUGAAACACACAAACACUGCAUCCGAGAUGACACACAUUAACAGGAUUAUGGGCACACACACAUAUAUAUUAACAGGAUUAUAGACGCUGCCACACACACACUAACAGGAUUACAGAAACAGACAAAUAUAGAUUUGGGUAAUGAUCCACAAUAUCUGGUCUAAGCCACAUUGUAAGAAUGACAAAACAGAUGUCCGUUUAUUUACACUGAGCAAGAUUGAUUUUGUUGUUACACUGUCGUCUGGCAGAGGCAUUAGUCCGUGUUAUUCUGUUUAUGCAAGCUUGAAUUUAUACAUAUAAAAUCUGGAUUUUUAUGUGUUUUUUUGUGCACUAAAGGUGCGCUUGAAAAGCCCGUCCUCGAAGCCUGUUAAAUACAAGGUGUCCCUUCUGGGAGAGGACGCCCAUCUCUUCACCCUACCAGGUGGAUCCACCGUCACCAUCCCUCCCAAGUAUGUAACUCGCCUCGAAAAUGCCAAUCUAAGCGGAGUCGUGUUAAAGUCGUCCUUUUUUGGAUCAAACACAGAGUCACCAAACUUUCCAUAACUGUAAGUGUUAUGCUCAUAGACUGUAUAUACUAUGGACAACUUGGUUUCGCCUCUCGCCUGUACACGGAUUUGAAGCCAAAAAGGUCUCAAUAUUUCCGGGAUUUUGCCCAUAGGCUGUACCAGGUGUCAAUCAUGGAAAACAUGAACCCCCUAAUAACUUUUAAAAACAGAGCUUCACAGAAAAAAGAGGACUUGAGCUCAAACCAGUCUGACAAUAACUACAUGUCAACAUCACAACCAGGGGGGAAAAAAAUUUCUGUUUUGUGUAAUAAAUUUCUAAAGUUUGUCCACAGCCCCAUAAGCUUUGCUGGCGGAGGCGGGAUUUAUGACCUAUACUGCAGCCCGUCACCAGAGGGUGCUGUUCUCAGAGUGGCUUCACCCAGCGAGGAGGCAGACUCUGUCCGUUCUAUAUACAGUCUAUGGUUAUGCUGCGUUCGAGUUACCUCAGAAGUCAGAUGUUGGGGCUGAAAAUGACGUCACACCUGAAUUAUCAGGGUUUCAGUUACCAAGUCGGAAAAAACGUUAAAUCGGGGGUGGAAACAAGAUGGCUACAUCUACAAAAGUCAUUUUAGUGCUUGUCUUGUCCGAAUAUGACAAGUACAAGGUAAGCACUAAAAUAACUUUCCGACGUCUGACUCCCGAGGUAACUCAAACGCAGCUUUAGCGUCAAUCUGAUGUGGGCUGUACCUGGGCUGAACGUGAUUCCUUUUGCAUACGCCGCAGCAACACUUAUCUUAGCGGUAGUUUAUUAUUAUGGAUGAGAUCGAGGCGUGUCAUCCAUACUUUCAAAAAGACAGUUGGCUGUGUGGUUAUUCAGACUAGGAAGCUGAAAACUGUACUCUCAGUGUUUACGCAGCGCACCCAGGACACAUAUUUAAUGAACUAUUCAUGCUUUUUCAGGUUAGAGCAUAAAUUAUCAUGUGAAAAGAGGAGCGUUGCAAUGAAAUUCUAAUUAUGAAACACUAGUGCGUGCCUUUGUAGUGUGCAUCAACAACAAAGUCUUGGCUGAAACUUGUAUCGUUAACUAAGAACUGCUGCCUUUGCGUCUGCAAAUAACUCGUGUCAGGCUGACUUGUGCACUGAAGACGAAAAAACUCUUCAGCUGAUUAAACUCCGAGUACAAGUUAAGUUAGUGUAGUUUUCCGCGGAGAUUGCAGCUCAUUAAAAUGUACCGCUUUUGCUCUCAUGUGAAACCUCUCUGUAAAAAUAGCCCAUGUCCCCAUUUUGAAUCCUCAGCUUGACUCUCAGAUAUGCUGUUUUUGUGUGUGAGUAUUUAAAUCCUGCUGAAUCAUCAUUGACAUAACCCUGGAAACAGACGCUCGUUCAGUCAAAGAAUCUCUGUGUGAAGUUUGCUGUUUUGCUGCUCCUCAGUGCGAGCACCAUAGUGACCGUCCAGUACAGCUGCUCCUUCAUAUCACCCAAGGAGGCGGUCCUGCUGCUCCUCUCCAGCCCUCCUGUCGGCCUGUGCAGCACCACACUCUCCUUUAAGCUGAAGACGCACAUCAGUCGCAUCAAACCUACUGUAAGAAUAAACACUGAUAAGUUUUCUUGUCUGAUGACCUGAUAGCUUGCCGACUAAUCAUGUCACUUAUCUCUUUUCAGAAAACUGUUGAGUGCAAGUCUCCUUGCUACCAACUGAAAGUGAUCCAAGUGCCUGUAACCAACCUUUUCAACAGAGACGCUGAGUUCAGGUAGAUGUCUGCCUUUACAGCUCUUGAGUUUUUAGCUGUUUAGACGACAGAUUGAAGAAACAUGACGGGGAGAUAAAUAAAGGAACAGUUAGCUUUUAGGCUAAUACCAAACAGUAACAUCAGACCCUUUUAGGAGCAGAGGUUUAAUGGUUAGCCAGUGAGCUAUGGCGUACUCAUAGGGGGUCUUAAAGCGAUGGUCUACGAUCUGAAAACCAGUUCGGCUGUUCACUCAACCUUCCCCUCCGUGUUCCAAGAUCCCGCCCCCUCUAGCUCGUGUCGCCUCCUAGCAACACGCCUCCUCCGAUAGAGCAAGAUUCCCGGGCGGCAGAAAAUAUCACCAGUGGUACACAGUGGUAGCCAUUUCAGUUGGACCGGCGCGAGGCGGGUCUGGCGUCGCCACUGCUAGCCGGUCAGAGCAGAGCCAAUUGUGGGCGAGGCUUUACCUUUCUGGGCGUGUCUUCACCAGCUCAGUUUACAGUGCUAAAGAUGUGUGGCUAACUGAUGCUAAAAGCUAUUGACAGAGCCUACAAGUUCUGACCAUCAACGUUCAGUCAUUGGCCAGUAUAGGCACAGACUAACCAGAGUUAUUCAGCAGACAAACAAAGUAAUUACCCGUUCAACAGAAGUUCGGCUGUCUCAGCGUCAGUUUUCAGUCCCAAAUCCUUCUGCUUCUCCAAUGUAUACUCUCCGUUGGCACCUGUAUCGCUCAUAUUUCUUCCUUACUUCGGCCUUUUCCUCGAAACUUUUACGUUUCCUUCCCUUCGAUGUGGAGGGUAACAGAAGCGGCCUCCUGGUUUCGGUGUUUGUCUUCUCUGGCUCCAUUAUGCUUCAGUAGCUUUGCAGCUCGCUAAUCACAUGUACGUGAGGGGGGUAGUGGGGAAGGCGGGACCAUGGGCGGGACGGUGCGGGGAUUGGAUGGACUUAUGGACCACUCCGAACCGCCAGGGUACGGCGGUUCGGAUUGGUCGAUUAUUAUUCCUUUUUGCAGCGGAUAUGCUGAAUGGAUUUUUUUCGUUUUUUUUUAUCUUUUUUUUGCGUAAAUCAGACCACAGGACCGUAACGGCCUUAUAGACGGUGUUAAUAAUAAGUACCAAGCUUCCAAAUAGUAGACCAUAGCUUUAAGGGAUGCAUUUUGAACAUCUCUACUAAGUUUCUCCUCUAUAUAAAUCUGUCUGCAGAGCUACGAGUGCUUCACUUUGAGUUAGUGUUCAAAAGGAUCACACAUCUGCAAAACAAAUACAUCGACAAUUAAAUGCAGCAUGUCUUUCUUAAUCCCUGUAAAGCAUAUUUUUGUGUUUCAGUCUUGACUCCAAACCUCUCUGCUGUGUGUAUGUGUGUGUGUGUGUGUGUGUGUGUGUCUAGGGUGGUGCUGGUAGAGUCUCCCUUCAACCCACUGGAGCCUGAAAAGAAAAGAGACAGUCUGGUUCAGCAGGCCUCGUCCAAGGCCAAGUAACACAUACACACACACUGCCCACACAAAAACACAGAGAGCUAAUAAUACACACCCACACACACACUCACACACUAGCAGACAUACUGUAUAUCCACUUUGAACCCACAAAGUGAAAGGGAUAGAUUGACAUUGACAAGUUCGGCAUUUUUCAGCUUUUAGAGGAAGGGUUGGCGGAGUUUGUAACGGAGCCAAGAAUGACGCUUUAAAUUUACCUUCAAACUGAGAGAAAAACACAUGAAGUCAUCUGUGUUCGGGCGUUUUACAGCCGCUAAAUCAGUCAGUUCCCCCCUGUCUGUCCGUCACAGCUUCAGAGUGCGAGAUAAGGUAAAGGUUUCAGCGUCAGGAGAGUACCGGGUUGUCAUUAUGAUUAGCUGGUUAGCAUGCAACUCUACCCACCAGAGAUUUCUUCAAAGCUUAGACACUCCAGCUCCUCCACCCCCUCAUGAAGAGUCGACUAUGAGGAUCUGAAGUAGAUCUGAGGUCAUUUGAGGUGCACCUGAACCGAGUUGUGUAGUCUGAUAUCCAUAAACGAUGAAUGAUGAUGAUGAUUUUCUCUCCCCCGCCUCCGUGUUCAGCGUGGAGACUUUAGACAAGAGCUGCGAGGAGGAGAUGGAAGAGAAACCCUCAGAUCUCAGUAAGAAGGAAAACACACAUGCACAGGAGCUGCCGUGAUGAAUUUUUAAGCACAAGUGUGUAUCCACAGUCUUCAUUUGGGUCUGCUUGUGUCUGCUCCCGUUCCCAGAUGGUAAAGCCAAGGAGUUCCUGAGUGCAGUGAGGAGUGUGUAUCUGAAGCCAGGCCAAGGAGACACUCUGAAUAUCCACUACCUGCCCUUCAGCCCAGGCAUCAAAUACUGCUCUGUGCUGCUCAUAUGCCCUCAGGUUAGAGUGCUGGUCUGUCUGCUCAUUGUUGAGAUUUUUUCUUGUUAUUAUUGGAAAACUGGUAUUAAGUUUUAAGCAGCAGAGAGACGGUCAUUAAAACUUACUAAGCGGCUCAAUAAAUGAUAUUUUCAAGGUUUCUUCAUCCGUCGGUUUACCACAGGUCAUAUGAGACGUCCUUUUCGAAGGUUUCCUCUCUAACAUACACGGCAAAUGGUUCUUCUAACAUUUUACUCUAACAUAACAGAUGCGGCAGAAUCUUCAGCGAUGUAUUGCAUUGUGUUGCAACAACAUACAGUGAGAGUCCUGGAAAUGCAGCCCCAGAAUUACAGUCCUGACACUGCAGCUUUUGGCUUUGUAGAUGCAUGAUAUUGAAGGCAGUGUGCAAUUUUAAAACAGUCACUGAGUCUCCGUCCAUGCAUAAUGCAGCCUAGGGUUGUCACACUCUGCAUGCUGACUGUAUUUGGAGUCUUUCAAUCGUAGGAGCCAGUGCUGUGAGAAACCCUUAAUCAUUUUUGUGCAUGUGACUGUGCAGGUGGGGGAUAUGGUGUAUUUGGUGAAGGCCACAGCAGAAUUGCCGCUUCCCUCUCCUCUCACUGCAAAGCCGAGCUCUAAUAUUGUCUCCAUCCCGCAGGACUCUGGUAAGAACCAAACAAGGCAACAAAUAAAUCGUACUUUACUUUUACUCUUUAUUUUAAGAUAUACAUUUCAACUGUUGUUUUUCUGCCAACAGACCCAUCUGUAUGUGUGUCAGUACUCAGCCUUUGCUGCAGGGUGGGGCAGGUGUGUGAGGAGGUACUGCGUGUCCCGCUGGUCAAUAUGGCCUGGGAACAAGCUCUGUCCACCUGGGCCCAGCACAGCAUGAGCGCAGACGAACGCAGGAGGCGGACGCUGACACACACCAUGCACAGCAGCACCAUGAGGGCAACAGCUGCUCGCAAGCUCCUCCGACUGCAGGUUCGUGCACUCUCACGCACUCCGGAGGCAGGGCUUCGGUUGCGUUUUCGAGAGUAAUAAACUUGCUGCUCUUGUGUUGUGUAAGGCUGCACAGGCGAGAGGUGAUCGAGGCAGCAAAGAAGUGGAGUACAGAGUGGAGGUGUCUUUGCCAGAACACUUCACUUUACCCUCUACUGUCAGAAUACCUGUAAAAGAAGACACCAGUAUAGCGUUGGAGAAUCCUGCAGGUACACACACAUAGAUACUUGAUAUCCAGGAACUCUUGUCCCUUCUCAAGGAGACAUUUUUAAGCACCUUGUUGUCGGUCCAAUUGAAAUGGGGGUUAAGUCUCUUAGUUUCACAAAUGAUCCUUCAGCCAGUGUCUCUAGAUUUCGUGUAAAUUGCUCACAUCCUCCUCCUGUCUUUGCAUUCCCCCUCUCAAGUGCAUCGUAUCUCUUUUUAACAGACUGUGGCUGUGUGGACAUCCCCAUACGAUUCCAAGCGGACUCUGUCGGGCAAUUUACCUGCCAGGUGGUCCUCAGAUCCUGGUGUGACACCCGAGUCUACAUGCUGCAGGCAAAUGUCUCUUUACAGGUAGAAAUCAUCUUCAGUUUGCAAAUAUAUGAGGUCCAAGCUUGGUUGCAUGCCGGUCUGUGCGGUUUAUUUUAACGUUGCCAAAACUCUCUCAUCUGUCGCCACAGGAGGGGGUUUUCCACUUGGACUUCAAGACGCCUGCUCAUCGAUCAGUCACACAAGACAUCCCGCUGGUGAGAGGGAUGAAAAUGUAUAAUUACUGUUUUUAAAGGACAACUAAUAGGCUAGAGUAACUCUGGCUUAUGGAAAUGAUUUCUUGUGUUUAAAUGCCUCUCCCAGCACAAUGAAACCCACCAAGACUGGAAGAUGCAUGCUGUGCUGUGUGGUGAAGGAUUCUCCGGUCCAAAGGUUGUGAACGUGCCAGCAGGGACUAAAGCAAACUACCCUCUCACCUUCCAGCCUGAAGCAGAGUGCGCAGUCAUGGUAUCAGCUUUUUAAUCGGUCUUUUAUUAGUUUCCUUCUUAGGGCUUUCUAAAGCUGUAUAAAACCCUGUUAUUCGUGUCUUUGUGAUGAAUACUUUCUAUUGUUAUGAAAUCUUAACAUUGUGAUCAUUUGGUAAGAGUGCACUCAGGGUGUACCCUCUUAAAAAUCCCCCUGCUACCAAUACUCAUCAACAUAGUCCUCGUGUUUAUCACGAUCCUCCGAUGUUCCUUCCUCUUAACAGUCAGUUCAAGUACCAACACCAAUCUCAGCGGCGCUCUGUCUGGCCCAUGAGGCUGUUAAGAUGAUACUUAUGAAUUUAAGUAUCAUCUGUGGCAACCUGUGUUUCUCUAAAAGGACAAAUGUGUGUUAUUAUCACUGCUGCUCAGACUUUUGUUUUUAAAAAAGCAUUUUGAUAACAGUGUCCUGCAUUUUUAAAAGCUGGUGAUUCCUGGGGUAGCUUUUUGAGUGAAUUUUUCUUCUAUCAGUUCCAUGAAUCACUUCUCCCUCAUGUAAAUUUCAUGUUUACAUUUCAUCAACAGCUUUUCACAUAAUGCUCAGGAGGAAUAAGGAUAAAUGAUGAGUAAACCUUUAGUAAUUGCAACAAAGUGGAAUGAUUUAUAACUCAAAAAAGAUGCAAAUAUGCCUUUAUAUAGGAAAUUAAUCAGUAAAUACAUAAACUUGACAUUUUGCAAAGGACAUACAGAUUUGUAAACUUCUUCGACUGUUAUUUGUAUGUAAAUGUUUUCUUUUAAAUUCAGCUGCGUAAAACGAAAAGUGUGUUGCAUUGGCCGGGAAUCGAACCCGGGCCUCCCGCGUGGCAGGCGAGAAUUCUACCACUGAACCACCAAUGCAUUUCUGAAGACUUUCUAGGUGGGCGGGACUUAUUAAGUGAAUAAGCCAAUCACUGUCGCCUUCUUAGAAUGUAAUUUAUUUAUUGGUCUAAAAAGGCUGUCAAUUACAAAAAAGUCAUUUUUUUUAUUAAUUAAUAAAUAUUGGAAGCCAAAAAUUCUUCGAUAAUAAGGCCCAUACGCGGUAAACAUAUGUUAAACUUAAUUAAAAAAGGAAGUUUAAAAUAAUUUCUUUGUACUUAAAAGCAUUUAUCAAAAGUAAAACGAAGCCUUUUCUUGAGGUUCACUGAACUACAGUGAAUUUGUCGACCUGGACUUUGUACAAACUCCAACAGGGCACGCUGUCAUUCCUCCAUGACCGCGGCGGCACGAUGCAGUUAUUCACCCUCAGAGGAGUUGGAGAGCAUCCUCUACCUGUGGACCACGUUGUAUUACAUUGUCCUGUCGGAAAAACAGCUAACACCCUUCUGGAUGUCCCAAACUACAGUCAGAGGACACAGUGUCUCAAGGUAUAAGCGCACAUGUUAUACACACAACUGCAAAAAUAAGUCAGAUGGCAGCUAUACUUUGAGUGUCGUUGCUGUAUAUUCAACUGUAUAUUGUACAGUGGAUAUAAAAUGUUUACACACUCCUGUUCAAAUGCCAGGUUUUUGUCAUGUAAAAAAGUUACAUCAAGAUAAAUAAAUUCACAACUUCUUCCACCUUUAAUGUGACCUAUAACCAGCUUUCCUAUAGCAGCUCAUGUAAAUUUCAUGCUUAAAUUUCAUCAACAGCUUUUCACAUAAUGCUUAGUAAUAAGGAUCAAUGAUGAGUAAAGCUUUAGUAAUUGCAACAUAGUGGAAUGAUUUAUAAUGCAAAAAAGAUACAAAUAUGCCUUUGUAUAGGAAAUUAAUCAGUAAAUACAUAAACUUGACAUUUUUCAAAGGACAAACAGAUUUGUAAACUUGUUCGACUGUUAUUUUUAUGUAAAUGUAUUGUUUUCAAUUCAGCUAUGUAAAACGAAAAGUGUAUUGCAUUGGCCGGGAAUCGAACCCGGGCCUCCCGCGUGGCAGGCGAGAAUUCUACCACUGAACCACCAAUGCAUUUCUGAAGACUUCUUAGGUGGGCGGGGCUUAUUAAGGGAAUAAGCCAAUCACUGUCGCCUUCAUAAAAUGUAAUUUAUUUAUUGGUCUUAAAAGGCUGUCAAUCACAAAAAAAACAUUUUUUAUUAAUUAAUAAAUAUUGGAAGCCAAAAAUUCUUCGAUAAUAAGGCUCAUACGCGACAAAAAUAUGUUAAACUCUAUUUAAAAAGGAAGUUAAAAUCAUUUCUUUGUACUUAAAAGCAUUUAUCAAAAGUAAAACGAAGCCUUUUCUUGAGGUUCACUGAACUACGGUGAAUUUGUCGACCUGGACAGUCAGAGGACACAGUAUCUCAAGGCAUAAUCGCACAUGUCAUACACACAACUGCAAAAAUAAGUCAGAUGGAAGCUCUACUUUGAGUGUCGUUGCUGUAUAUUCAAGCUGGUCACAUUAAUGGUUGAAAAAGUUGUGAAAAUAUUUCUCUUGCCAUCAUUUUCUUACAUCAUGAAAACCUGGCAUUUGAACAGGGGUGUGUAGCCUUUGAUAUCCACUGUAGAUGUCUUCAUAAGACAUUUGGCCAUGUGCAGAGGAAAAUAACCCAAUGAUUUUGAUUGGUUAAUACAAUGUAAAAACCUGUGCAAAAUGUUGCUUUUGCAUAACGUCUAUGGUAGAACCAAGUAUCUCCCCCCUUAGUUGACAUAAAGAGGUGGUCUGAGAGGCACUUGUCAGCUGGGCCAUAUAAAGGACCUCCCACUCUCUUUCACAGCAACAGUUACAGUGGGAGAGCAAGGGCAAAGAAGACUCGUGGUUCAUGCAGAGAUUGUGAAUGUGUCCCCAUCACUAAAAUCCACAUGUUAAUUCGCCACAUGUUGAUGUAUGUGUCCCUGCCUGAGCAUUUCGUCUCUCCUGUCAAUGCGUUUCAGGUGUUGACAGACCUAUCCGUCGUUAGUGGCACCUUCUCCCUGGAGAUUAAACCUGGUCACAACGCUCCAUACACCCUGGCUGUGUCACCAUGGAAACGAGGAACACAGACAGGUGAGUCUUUCUUGCUGCAUUUGUGUGACUGUGACUUGGUGUUUGUAAGUCGGUUCAAUGCCAGCCAAAUGUGUUUACUAUAUUUUCUCCAACCAUUUACAUGCCUACGUUUGAAUACUUAGUGUUUUUAUAUGUAGUUUUAUCUUGUCUGCCUUAAACCCAGAUUGUACUCAUACACGUUCCCAAACAUCUUCAGUAUAACCACAUUUGGAGUUCUGUAGAAUAUAGAGUGAGAAAUAUAAGGGUUUGGAUAAUUGUGCGUGUAACUAGUGCUCACUGCAGGGGAUUUAUGUAUCACUUCAUCUGGAAAAUUGAAAACUAUCUGCAUAUAUACAACAAAUGCAUUUCAAGGAGCUAAUCUGAACAAAACUUCUUGUAGGAUGUGUGUCGUUUGAAAGUGAUGGCAUGCAAGGAAGUGAAAAGAACACGGGUAAGACACUGCAAGACACGCAGACCAUUAAAAAAUCCAAAGAUUAAUGAAGACUUGAUCACAAGCAUACUCAGAAUUAUAGUCGUGUAAAUGCUUUCAUUCUGUUUUUGUUUGUCACUCUGUGUUACUGUGUGUUGGACCCAGCAAAUGCACUCAGACCCUACAAAGUGCAUUUCACUUUUGAGAUAAUUUGUGAGCCAGCAGCGCCCAUCAAGGUCAUUCACGUGCAGUGUGCAGCUCAGGUAAGUUCCUGCACUAAUAAACAGUUUAAUUGGUUGCAUAUUACUUUUAUUGACAGUUUCCCUUUUUUUUCUUUGUUACCAUUGCUGAGAUUUCACUUAGACUGUUCAUGUAAACGAGCACAUCCACAGUUCAUCUGACUAGCACAAAAGAGAGCAGAUGGCGGACUGAUUAAACACAUGUUGCUCUUGUCUAGAAAGCAGUGGAGCGCAAAACAACACACGGCGGUGCAUUUGCUUUUGAAGAUGGAGGUUUAAUAUGAGGAAAUAUUUCAACAAAAGAAAUAAACAAAACAAUCACUUCAGUUCACUCAGUUUAAACAAGUGAACGAGCCAAGAGAAGUCCUGGCGUUUCUGAAUCGUGUUCCCUCUGUGCAUGCGCGGUUCUAACCUUCGCCAUAGAGCCAUGUCUGUUCGGUUGUUGUUGACAUUUUACACGGUGUCUCAACAUUUUUGAACGAGGUUGAAGAUUAUUUUCUUAGAGUUUUUUUUGCUGAGAGAGGAAUGACUCCAAAUAAGAAGUGAGAUAUGCUUACUGUGAGAGAAAAGAAUUCCCUCGGUCAAGCCAUGCGAGGUGAGAAGGCACUUAAAUCAACCUUGCCUGAAGAACACUGGUGUAUAGCUUGAUACGAACUGAAGGACACUGCAUGAAGUACACUCACUUCAGAAUUAUCAUCAUCAUAGCAGAUGUGCUCCCGCUGCUGGCUACUCUUACUGUAAAACUUCAUCUUCCAUCUUCACUUUGAUCAAAAGACUUAACUCCACAUCACAGAGAAAGGCGAUAACAGGUGUCAUCUUUGAAAUAUUCCCAGAGCUCCGUUGCCAUAGAGAUCCCUGUCAGCAACCCGCUAAGAGAGCUGCUGAUGCUGGAUGUGCUCCUAGAAGGAGAUGACCUGAGCGGAGCCAACUGGGUUUCGAUUCCCCCACGGGACACUCUGGCUUACAAAGCUACGUUCUCCCCUGUUAAAGUAGGGAAAAGCACAGGCAGGUAAGGCUUAACGCACUGUAACUGACCCCGCCAGCUUUAAAGGAGGAUGUAAAGGAAAAAUAAGAGUAAGUUGGAGUGAAGUUGAGUUCAUACUUUCCCUUGUGUGAGCGAUCUAAAAAGACACAUUUGCAGUAAAGAGUUCUUGGGAAUAUAAUACACUGCAGACCUCUAUAUGGGAAUGUUAAUGAAAUCCUCAGUUUUCACCACAGUUAUGUUCCCUUUAUAUAAUCCUGAGGGUGAAUCCUUUGUAUAUGAUGGGAUGGGUGGGAGAUGAGUGACUUGGGUGAGGCUUGAGAUUUGAUUGACAGCUUCAAAAUCCUAAAUACACAUUUGCUAUUUGUAUUAGUGGAGAGACGUUAGGCCAGUGUACCAUUUAUGAAUGUUUGGCAAUCAAACAGCAAACUCCAGCGAUGGAAAAUGAGCCAUUGCAGAGCCUUGUAUCUUGCAACCCGAGGAUAGGUACAGUAUGUAGUAGUAUUAAGCAAUGUUUAGCAGACUUAAUACUAAGACUCAUAAGUAUGUCACCAAAUAAGGGAAUCAUAUACAACAUGCACUGCAGGAGCUUCUUGUCCUGGAGGGCCACUGUUGCUUCUUUACAGUCUGGAGCAGGGACGUGCACAUUUCUACACACUGUAUAUUUAAAAUAACAUUAAAACGUACACUAACGCUUUCUUUUGCGGUACACUUAUUACCAGGUAAUUAACAGGUAAUUACCUCGUAACAACAUUAAAUUAUCUGGUAAUUACAUGAUAACUACUAAGUCAAUACUGUCUAGCUACCAGGUAGGUAACCUUCCAUCAUUAUACAAAUUCGAAGCGCAGUUGCUCUGGUUUUUCCAGGAUUUUCUCCGCUUCCUGGAACCACCACUUGCGCAGUAGCAUUGUACACAUUCGGCGGGUGAGUCGCUGUGAUAACGCUCGGCUCAAACAGCGUAUCGCUACGCAAUCUUCGCACGCCCAUAGGCUGUAUCAAGUGUCAAUCAUAGAAAAUAAGAACCCCAAAUAGCUUUUGAAAAUGGAGCUGCACAGAAAAAAGAAAAACUAGACAGUGUUGACUUAGUAGUUAUCAUGUAAUUACCAGAUAAUAUCAUGUUGUUAACUAGUUAAUUACCUGGUAAUAAGUGUACCGUAAAAGAAAGGGUUACCAAACGUACAUUUGCAGAAGAAGCGGUGUAGGUUGAGUUGAUGGACAGUUAGAGGCAUUCUUGCCUGAAUAUAACGGUGUCACUGUGUGUGUGUUUUGUACUAGUGUGUUGUUCCAGUCAGAGCUGGAUGGGGAGUUCUGGUAUCAACUGGAGCUGUACGCUCUCCCUCCUCCAGUCAUCACACUACCACAGGCCUGCUGUCCGCUGGGCAAGUAAGUGCACACACACCACCAAACACUGUCACUGCAGGGGUUAUUGGCUAGGAUUAAAUUCACACAUACUGUAUAAACAAACUGUGGAGUCGAUCCAAGCUGCAAACCCAUCUGCAGGAUUUUCCCACACCUCUGCGUCGUGUUAGCUGGGCUGGCUCUAAAACAUCUUAGAAAAACCUUCAUGUUCAAAAGGAAAAGGAUGACUUUGCAAGAGAGUAAAUAAGAUUCAAAAAGAAAAUAUAACAAAGUUUUUCAUAUUCACAAAUUGUUAACAAAAGACGUCAGCCCCAUGCUAAAGCCAUCAACGAUAAACACAUGUAAGCACGGUUAGCGCUCAUGUUGAACUCCUAAGGGAGCACCUCAAUAUGGCCGUCAGUAAUAUCACCAUGUACUUGGGAAAGGUAUCAAAAUAUAAACAAGACUUCAACAUAUGGCUGUGUGUUUAUGUGUCAGACCUGCAUCCUCUUUAGUAGUAUGCUCGUCUAACCCUGUUUGUUAACUAAAGUACUGCAUUUAAAAGUUCAGUGCCAAACAGUUUUGUUCAAGGUAGAGAGGAAGUUUGUACGCAGCUAUAAGCAGUCUGAGGUGAAAUAAGGACGUCUCCUAAACAGAGACAGUUUACCACACUAAUGAAUUGCAAUUAAAGCUGCAUAUCAGUUGCGCACACUGCUAAUUAGCUCAGUAAAUUAUAAAUACAACAUUUGGGUCCUUUCAGGCGUUCAUUCCUUUACCUUCAGGGUUUUUUUUUUUUUUAAUUCUGCUUUUUCUCUCUGCCUCGACACAAGUCUUAGCCUCUUUGUUUAUAGACCGCACGCUAAUACAUUCAGAAUCUGACCUUGAAGUCCUUCCUUAUGGUAUUUGCACUCGCGUCUUUGACACUUUUAAGACCUAAUUGCAUUUAUUUCAACUCACCCAAACAAAACAAUCAGGUGGACCAGGCAGACUGUUCCAGUGCUGAAUCCGACGUCUGAGACUUUGGAGGUGACUGUAAGGAACAGUAACCCCAGAAACUUCACACUGGAGAUGGACUCAAAGAGUACAGUAAGCUAAAGGGAGGGGGCGUCCAUUCACUAUUAGACCACACUCAACAAUAUACACAGAGGCGUCUGCUGCGCCCAAUACUUUCAUUGGAGAGCAAUCGUAACGUUAACGUUAGGCGUUUUAAUGUUCGCCAGAUGGUAAGUUUUGGGUCAAACCCGGUCGGACCAGCAAGUGGUGGGACAACUUCGUUAGAGGGGCUGUGCCUGCAGAUGAAUGGAAGCUAAACUUCCGAUUCAUCGGCCAAUCAGGUAGCUUUGUUCCUGAAUUUUUUUUAAGCAGCACCAGAUGGGAUUGAGUUUGAAGGCUACGUGUGGACGCAGAUAUUUUUGAGAACUAACACGUGUGGACAGAUACAUUUAUUUAGACGGGAGUACAAAAAUAUCCUGAUAAAUAAAUAUCUAUAUACCUGUAGUCCGGGCCUUAGUUAUCUUCACACUCUGCUGCACAGAGCUGCACUGUGCGCUCUUUUCCUGGCAACACUAUUGACCAUAUCCACAUAGCCGAUGUGAUAAGCUGGAUAUGUGCAUGUAGGGGAGGGGUCCUCUCUAUUUGACAGUACAAUGUAUGUGUGAAAAAUGCGACACUUUUGUAGCUGACUUCCUACGCAAGUAAAAGCAGCUUGUUUGGCUUUAAAAAAAAUUGAUCCAGGAAUUGAGCCCAGACUGAUUCAGUCCCCUGAUUUGGAUUUUUUUUUUCCUAAUGAGAGUCUGUUUGCAUGAAAAGGGUUUUAUUUUGCUUCAAAUGAACACAUGAUGGCUCAUUUAAACACAUGCGAAGAAUAAUAGAGAUUAAUCGAGCUCAAAGAUGCUGUUUGCCUCGCAGCGUAGUUCGCAGAGUAUUUUACUCUUUUGGCUCAUUUGUGCUGGUUUAGCAGGUGCAAAAGCUGCACAAUCAUACUUGGUUUUAUCAAAACCUUAUCCAGUUUCAUCAUUUUGUCCUCUGAUAUAACCAAAGUUACCUUGUUCCUGCCUGUUCGGACUUUUAAACUUCUUUGUAGUUCAGUAGGUAUUUGAUUGUAUUUCCUUUUCAUUUGAUAUCUUAAACAAACCAUGCAGUACGGUUCGACACUCGAUAACAGAGUUGUCGUCAGGAUAAAACAAACAGGAAUCUCUGUGGUCCACUGAGAGAGAGAGAGUAGCCGGAUGAAAGGCAGUGGGUUGCCAAGCAGUGUGAUUUCAAGGAUUUAUCUCUUAAAGCAUGAGUGUGUUUAUCCUCCUUUUACUGUCCCCAUGAAAGCUACUCUUUGUGUUUAUCUGUGUGUGUGUGUGUGUUCCAGCUUGCUGUGGAGCCCCACUCCCACACCCAGCUUGGUAUCCGCUUCAGCCCUUCAUCCAUCGGGGAGGGGAAACAUGUGGGGAAGAUCACUUUUAUGUGCCCUCAGGUGUGAAUACACACACUCUCACACACACACACAAGCAAGCAGAGAGGAAAUAGAUAACAUAGAUCACCGUCACCUGCGGUCACACACACACACACACACACACACACACAAACACAAAAGAUGCUGGAAAAGUUUGUUUCUUCAACUUCAGUUGCAGGACUGGUGUGUGUUGCUGAGUGGGCAAGGCCUUAAACCGCAAAGCCAGGAACCUCUGAGCAUAUUAUCCCCCGUUGGUUCCAAAUCCUCCGUCACCAUCCCCUUCACAAACCCCACUGAGCUCCCGGCCGAGCUCAGCAUCACACUCACAGGUCACAGGAACUCCCCGUCUUUCUCCCAUCCACACCUCCUCACUCUUGACACAGACUUGUUCACGAUACUGUGCGUUCUCGGUGUAUUUUUCGUCUAUCAGAUGCUGAUCCUAGCGGGAGCCCGAACUGCCAUCAAGCUGCUGCACACACGGAGGCUUUUUCGCUCCCUAUGAGCCGCGCUGAAGGUGUGUUUGCUGAUAAGUUUUCCCCACAUUAUGAUAAAACAACUUUAAGUCUCUGUCAGCUUCUGCAUAAAUCAAGCUGAGACUGCAUCCUGACUUUCUGAUGACUGUGCAGCUGUCCUCUCUUCUGGCUGCAGGUGUUCGGAUCAGUGAAGGGGCCAGUUUGGAUGUGCCUGUGGUGUUUGCACCAAACUCCAUGGAUAGACACCAAGCCUGGCUCUGCAUUACUAUGAAGCCCCACAACAAGAACAACAACAAUACCUGCAGUUUAGACAACCUGAGGUGUGUGUGUGUGUGUCUAACUUUCCCCAAAAGAAGUUAAAGUGAGUCUCAUACGAGUUUCUUGAUAUAAACUGUUCAGGUUCUGACAGAAAAAUAACUGUAAGCAAAAAUAUCACUGUUUUAAAAGUUUGUGGUGUAAUAUUUUUAAAUGUCUGGGUAAAAAAAAAACUUUUAUUUUCACCCUGUAAGUAAAAAAAUCAACAAUGGAUGGUCUGCUAUAAUGUAAAGAGCUAAAAUGAGGUCUGACCAGCACCCACAGGAAGACAGCAGAUAGUCCUCUGUGUCCUCUCCUGCAUGCACAGUGUUGAAUAUGAAUACAGGACGGAUGUUUAAAAAACAGGACAAUGACAAACCAGGCCGCCGAGGUCCCCAGAGAAGGCCUGACAUGUUCGUCUCAUACCAAGCUGAGGCUGAGGAAAGCUCCACAUGGCAGCGUUUUCAUCGGGCAUUGCAGAUUUCUUUAACGGUGUAUGAUCUCAUAUAUGAUACCAGCUGCAUUUUCCAGUGAAAUAUAUGCAAGAUUUGAAAAUAAUGCAUGUUCUAUUCACCAGUGUGCUUUGGUUUGGAUAGAGGAUCCGAUCUUGACUGCUCAUUUAUCACAGUGCACAUUCAUCCUCACUUUUGCACACACAGAGGUCGUCCAAAUGCAAGACAGCAACACUGACUUGUAAACACAAACCACCUUCAGAUCACGGCUCUCAGUCUCCUCAUGUCAUGGUUCAUUUUUAAUUCCGAGUUGUAUAAAUUAAAAACGCACUCCGAUGAUUUUUCAGGUCAGAGCAGGAAUCAUCCACCAUCUGUUGGACUUACCCUCUCCGUGGGAUUCCCAUGGAAACGCCUGUUGAGAACUCACCAAUUGGCGUGCUGCGUUGUGAGGCGGGCUGCCAGCUGGAGAAGAAGGUGGCUGUGCAGCUCGCUGGGUUUGUUCCGGGGCAUCAAGACCGGGAAGGAGACAAGGGUGAGGGCCAGUUUUUUUGUUUUAAUUUCAUACUCCUGUUAAAACCCAAGUUGACUUGAAAUCAGAAAUGUUUUUAUUUUUUAAUGACGGGAAACUCUAAAGUUAUUAAUGAUUAAAAUUGGAUUUUAUCGCAGAGAGAUUUGGAUCGUCACACCCUCGAAAAGGCUCAAGUUGCAAAAACUGGCAGAUGGCAUUCUUCGCCGUUCGAGGGUAGCACGCCACGCCAAAUGUCAUUAGAUCAGCAACAUUUGCUGGUGGCUCAGCUGCACGCAGAGCGGCCAACGAGAGUAUCAGAGCCAGUGCUGCCAUUCAUAUGACGCCACAUAUUCUUGUCUUUUUUGACACCAUAUAUUCAGUGCAACAGGUGCAGACAGCGUGUUUAUGAGUGUUAUAGACUGUGGGCUGCAAAACAAGAAAUCUUAGAGAGUGUUGUGUCUGAUGUUGAUCACUCUGAAAUAAGGCUGCACGAUUUUUUUCGACCCUGCGAUAUUAAAAAAUACAAGAAUUUUCACCAGAUGACCUGAAUAGCACUUGAUGAAAUCGCAUCGAGUCAAUUUUUCAUAGUUGGACUAAAAAAGGUUGAUUUUCUCAAUCUUGCUGUGACUCACGAGCUCACUUUGUGUCAAUAAAAACAAUGAGGCAUAAACGUCGACAUGCUUUUUUUUAUUCUUGACAGUUUCUCUGGUGACAGCAGAAGACUUCACGUGUGAGGUUCGCCCGAGCGGUGAAGCAGAGCACUCGGACGUCCCAGACUCCAUUUCAGCUUCCAUUGAGGCGGCGAGGGUUGACCCUGAAACUGGCAUCUUAACACUCACCCUCAAUGUAGUCUACACUCCCAUGAGGUCCUACAGGUUAGACACACACACACACACACGGACGCAGAUAUUUUUGAGAACUAACACGUGUGGACAGAUACAUUUAUUUAGACGGGAGUACAAAAAUAUCCUGAUAAAUAAAUAUCUAUAUAAGUGUAGUCCGGGCCUGAGUGUGCGAGAAUAAUGCAGACUAAGCUGUAAGAGUCCAAAAAGGACACACAAAGCUGCGCACACUCAGAGAAACAAACAUGCCCACUACCUCUGUAUGAGACGCAAAAACAAAAGGAUGCUAAUAAUAAGUCACGGGAACGUUCUCACACACGCAGACACAAACACAAUCUGUUUGUUGCUCUCCCUCUGUAGAUAAGACUUAAAUCCAGCAGCGUGUAGAAGUGCUGCAUUCAUUCAUCUGAGCGUCCCUACACCACAGCACUCUCUCCUCUCCUUUUAGUGUUUCCUCUCUCAGGUGGGUGUGGCCUCUGCAUUCAUUUAUUACAACCUGUCGCCUUGUGCUGAGUCUUAAUGUUUGUGGAUAAAGGAUGCCGGGCGCUCUCGGAGGUAGAGGGGGGAGGCCUGCUCAUUAGCUGCUCUGCUGCUUAAACCGAGCUUGAAAUGUAAGGUCAGAUCUCUGUAGAUAAUACAUUAACUUUGGCGUGACCUAAAACACACUUUUCAGCCGCGAAACACCAGGGGUACGGUUUCUUCUUUUGUAGUGCAAACAAUAAACGCCUGAUAUACUUGUCCAAAAACCCACCUCUGUUUCCUCCGCUCUAGUUUCUCCACGCUAACUCGUCUGUCUGAUCUCACGGUUUCAACUCACAAUUAACUCUUUCCUCCUCCGGCCUCAUCACUGUACAUUGCAUGUGACAUCCCGCUGAGUGAGGCAGGCAUUCAUUUAUCAGCGCCGGUCUUCAUCUGUGGAGUCCAUUAAUGAGGCGUGCCCCGGUAGAAUCAAUACCUCGGAGAGCUAAUGACUUCUCCAUGAGGAAAUGACGGGGGGUGUGGCGCCGCUAAUAGGCUCUUCCAUUAUCUACAUGUUAUUUCUGUGCCGUGGGCAGCCAGACGAGGAGACCGAGUAUCAUGAGCUGAAAGUGGGAAUAUUAAAGACUAGUUUAGUGGGUUUUUUUUCCCUCCUUUGGAUAAAUAGGAAUGCUUAAAUUACACUUCUCAAAAUAAAUCAGUUGUUGUAUUGGUUAUGCUGCUAUACGAUCACUUUUCUUGAGUAAAAAUAGUUCUUGAAGAGUUUUCAAAAGUGUCUGCCUGUCCAGGUGUGCAGCCGUCUUAGCCGUGCAGAGUGCAUCCGGAGGGAUCUGGGAGUUUCCCGUCCAUCUCGUCGCCACGGAGCCUCAAGUUGACGACGUCAUCCUGAUCGAAGCCGAGCGGGGGAAGACUUCGGCUGUGGGCUUCCGCUUGACCAGCACUACCAGGUGUGUGUUUUUGUCCAGGUUAACUCUUUCUUUACUGGAGUUACAAGAUGAAAUGCUGCGCUGUGUUUCGCUGUUUGUUCUGCGAGGACGAGAUCAAUAAGUCUCAUUAAAAAAUAAAAGACGAUAGUUGCUUUGAAACGUUGAGUGGAAAUGAAAACAGCCAUCCGAUUACUCUCUGUGUGAGCUGGUACAUGCUGGAUGUAAUAAAAGGAUGCAAAGAUAUGCAAACAUUGAAGCCACUAGAAUAUUAUUUCCAAGUAUGAUUUAUUCCCUCUGUAGUCUAAAAAUCACGCUGAAACAACCAUCAGAUUAAGCUUUCCGUCUCCACUUUCUGCGCUUAGUUCCCUUCUUAGCUGCUCCAUUUCUUUUCAUUUGUCUGCUUUAGAUCUCACGCUCACGUAGACACACUUUCUACAGCAAGUGGGAAAAAAAAACAAUAUCACAGCUUUGCUUUAAAAGUCACAAAAUAGCAAACAGUGAAAAAUAUAACCAGCUUUGAGUGUAAUGCCAUUUCCCUCACAUCUCAACAUGUAGUGACUCUGAGGUGUUUGGUUCCAGGAGGACGGAGCCGUUCACAGCGCAGCUCCAUCCUGGCAGCAGGACUGAGUUCACAGUGACUCCAACUUCAGGGAUGUUACCUCCAGCUGGAUCUGCUGGCGCCCUCAUCACCGUGUCCUUUACACCCGACACGGACAGCGAGCGCAGAACCAGACUGAUCAUCCGGGUACUUUAAUGAUCCCUCUUUGCUUAUCACUCCCACUUUUAUGUCAGUUCGCCUGACAUCUUCAUCGUCUCUUUACAGGCAGCAGAUAUGGAGUGGACCUACGACGUAAGAGGGUCCUUGCCCCUCUGUACCACGUCCGCCAAAGACAGCUCUUCCUCGCGUCUCCCGGCCAGUAAACAGCACUUGGCUAACUCCUCCCCUCUUAAAACCUGCGAAUAAAGAACACCGUCACUCGCUGAUACAGCGAAGCAUCGUCAUUUCUGUCUGAUUAACAAACACUGGCCCCGUUUACAUGAGUAGUUUUCCUCAAUCUGAUUGAAAUCAAUCGGAUUAAGUGAAUCUGAUUCCAUCUGUAUACAUGAAUUUUAAGUAAAGAGAUCCACGUUCAGUCCGCGUUUUCAUGGCCCCAGCUGAAUCCAGUUGUUUUGUAUUGUAUCAAUGGGAAUUGUUAAUAGGAACCAUUGUUUUAGUUCCGUUUUAGAGUUGCACACGGACGUGUUUGUGUGUGACACCGCCGGAGUUCCCAGACCGAGCAGAGUAAGGAACCCUAUGUGUUGAAGUUUAAUAAAAGUAUAAUCCAGCCGGGUUACACAGCAAGAAGUGUACGCUUCGUCAGUCGCACGAAACAACACACUUUAACACUCCACCGUCCAGUUUUUCUGUUUGUUCGCCAUGUUUGUUUUCGUUUGGGCGCGCUCUGCGUACGUCACUACGUGCCUUUACGUACUACCGAGCGCCUGCGCAGACCGAACAAGCCUCUCUGUAAACCCAAUCCGCUCCACUCAGCCGUAUAUGUGGAGCAUGGAGCGGAUUAUCAAUCGGUGUAGACUACCUCUAACAAUCAGAUCCGGGUGAAUCAGAUUGGCUAAGGUGUUUAUAUGAGACAUUUUGAAUCUGAUCGACCUUUCAAUCUGAUUGUAAAUAGGAUUUUUGGACCCAUGUAAACGGGGCCACUGUCACCUUUGACUGAGGUGAUCGGUUUGCCCUUUUUCCUCCUGAAACGCCUCAUUACUUGUACUAGAGUGGCGCAUCAGCAGUUCGGAUAAGCUAUCUGUCUGCUAAUACUCAGGGGAUUUGGUCCACUAUGUGGCAGAAUUUCGCAUGAUGAUACCGAAGCUGUUGGCGACACAUUUAAAAGUCAUCAUCACGCAUGCUGGAACACAUUACACGGCAUGAGGUGGGAAAAACACUCCCCUCUGCACCUCCUCGUCAUUCUUCAUUAUGAGUGUAGAUUUAAUGGGUAGAUCCAUAAAGGUAGAAUGGCUUCUUCUGGUUUCUUCCCCAUGAAAAGAGCCAGUGUCCCUGAAGUUUUUACCCAUUCAGCAUCUUUCAGAUGUACGACCAGCCAUAUACGCUAGUAAUGGAUAUGAGGUCCCUAUUAUGCCUCAGAGUCCACUUCAAGUAAGAUGUUUCCAGCUUUAUUCUAUCCACACCUUCCUUUUAUGAUUCUCAGUCCACAGAUAUUCCCAUCACACAUUAUAUCGCACUAACCAGAGUAACCUUGAAAUAUACAACGAUUUUGCUGCAGCUGACACAACACCAACCGCUGCUGUUUUUCUAUUAUGUGAAGGGAAGUCUUAAAUUAUUGAUCAAAUUUUAGUUUGUAAUUAUUUCAUUUUUGUAAAGGACAUAAAUAAGUCUUGGAUUCUUGGAUCCGUAUUUAAAGUUGAGUUCUAAAUCCGGUCAACAAUUUAAAAAAGAAAGACAGAAACUUCACUCAAGCAGUUUAAGGGCCUGUUUCCACUAACAGCUUGCAAGGUCAUGAAAGUAGUAGUAGUAGUUUCUCCGUAAAGUUGCUAACAGACAAACAAACCAACGCUACCAAAAACAUAACCUCCUUGGCGGAGGUAAUAAGGGUGUCGUUGGAAUUUUCAAUGCUGAAAGAUAACCAAUGGGCGGCACAGUGGUGUAGUGGUUAGCACUGUUGCCUCACAGCAAGACGGUUCUGGGUUCAAAUCCUGGUCAGUGUGUGUCUUGUUUUAGGAACAUUAUGAUCAGUGAACAUACCAGUUUAAACACAAAUAAAAGUUCAUAAAAGACACGUAACAGUAAAAGCUUUGGUGUGAAUCACAAUAUAAGGGGGACAUGAGCUGCUUGGCGGAGGUCUGCGCUCUCCGAGUGCUUUUCUCGUUUCACGUGGUGUUCCACAGGGCUUUAUAAUCAUCCCACUGUUAUUCAUUAUUGACCUGCUCCAACUUGGACGGAUAAAUACAAUAUCCACGACCACUGGUAUGCCAACACAACUCUACCUCCAACAUAACUACUUUAGCAGUGGCUUGUGUUUCCUGUUGUCCUUUCAAAUGUGGCACUGGAUGACACAAAAUGUUGCAAAAGUGUGUUUUUUCUUUUUUUUUCUUUUUUUCAAUUAAUACCAAAUUUAAUGGUAAUACUGAUUCGCCAUAACUUUUUUUUUCUAAUCACUUACAACAUACUACAUUCACAGCUUGUGUAAUUUAUCAGUUCCUCACAUUUGAAGAUAUAACUUGUGAUUUAAAUGCAAACGCACAAAGUCACGGCUCUGUAAUAAAGUUUGGAAGUGUGGAAAAAAUAUGGAUAUGUGGACCACAUACUGCACCUCGUGUGUGUGUGUGUGUGUGUGUGUGUGUUUGUGCGUGUGCACUUACCUCUGCCAUCCACAUACAGAGCUGUCCUAUGGCUCACCUUGUGCCUGUGGAAUUAUUCACGAGGCAGUUACGCUCAGUUAUGCUUCCAUUAAGCUCCAUCUGCAGCCUUAUGGGGCAAGAAUGGAAGGAGGGAGAGAGUGAAAGAGGACGAGGAUGGGUUAGGAAGGAAAGAGAGGAAGGAAGUAAGGAUGUGGUUGGAGUAAUAGAUGAUAGAAGGAGUAGUCGGCUAAGGGGUGGUGGGAAACGAUGAGAGCGGCCGAUAAAAGGAACAGCGUUGGAGAGUGUUUGCUCAAGGGUAAGGAGAGCAGGACACCUUUACUUCCUUUUCAACACAUUUUGGAUGUUUUACCCUUUUACUCCGGCAGCAGAAAGAGAGUGGGGAGUGAUAUACAAGAAAGAGGACCACAGGUUCGAUGAUCAUAAGGUCAAACUGACGCCACCCUCUUUGCAUAUUGUUUUUUCUUUUUGCAUGUCCUGCAGAAGUCCUUCUGUGCGCCAUUGUGCAUCAAACACAGCUGUAGUCGGUUGCUAUGUCCAAA